AUGAGUGUGACUUGUGACAACGUAAGCUCUGAUCUUGCACGACAUUUUCAGCAUGUUUACAUUCUCAAUUGCGUUAUCACUUUUCUACCAUAAACAAAGAAAAGCUCCUUCUUUCUGACUAUAGCUCUAUCUACUGGAAUCCAAAAACUGUAUAAUAAAGUCUUAACAAGUGGAACAUUUUGUACAAAUAUCCAACUGUAUGUCAGUGAUACAACUGUUAGUAAUCCACAACUAAACUGAAAACAACUUCAUUCUUUGGUUAACCUUGAAUCUAAGCCAGAAUUCUGGUGGUUGGGCUUAAUUUUAGGUCUAAAUCUUCAAACGUCCACUAGAAUGUCACAGACUGAAUUCCCAUCCUAAAGAGAGAAGGGCAACACCACCAAGACAUAAUAAAGGACGUAGGACCACCUAAUGAAUGUGUGAUGCCAGCCUACAUACCUUGUCACCCACCAAGCCAAACAUAGCCCAACAGGUGACAGAUAAGCUCCAUGGUUUUUCAAUCCUAAGCAGGCAACAAAAGCAAGAUACUUAUUGAUUCUCUUCUCAGCCUCUAUGUAUACCUACAACUGAUUUGGUAGGUCAUACACACAAGCACAAAUGUAUUCACAUCAAUUCACAUAGUGCUUUGAUGUCUUGCAGACCACAGAGGAAUUUGGUUAGGUCACUGGUUAUAAGAUUAAUGCUACAAAUUUUAUUUUUAUUACAGAAAAGAAUAAAAGUUUAUUCAAUGUGUUCCCAAUUUCCAUGUCAAGUAGAAUUCCAUUUUCAGUAUAAUACUUAUACUCCCCCCUCCCUUAAAAUUCUAAUGCACAGCUAUACAGCUACACAUUUUGGGACAUGGAUGUCAAAGCAGAAUGAGAAGACUGGACCCAUUUUUGCUCUCUGGGUAGAAUGGUUUCUAACAAAAUGAUAGCAAAUAUUAAUUGUAGAGUCUCCUGUUUUCAGGUUUAGAGAGGAGGAACUCUGAAGGGAUGGUAAACAACGAUUAAUCCUUCUUUUCAAAGCAGUUUUAAUGUACUUUGCAAAACAAUCAAAGAAGGGAGCCUUGCACCUGCAUUUUCAUGCGCAAGCUGCCUGAAUUGGAUUAACAGAUGAGUACUAUGAUCGAGCAUCAGGUUCUUUACAUAAGAUGGAAGCAACCUAACGACAUAUGGAUCCUAUACGUCUAGAUUUGAAAACUGUAAUUUGCUUUAUAUGGGGCUGCAUUUAAAGAGCCUUUGGAAACUUCUCUUGGUCCAGAAUGUGGUAGCAAGGAUGUGUUGACUAGUGUUCCUCUUUGGCAGGGGUCCUCAAACUACGGUCUGUGCGCCAGAUCCGGCCCGCCAGGGUCCUGAACCCAACCUGCCCGCAAGGCCCAAGGCUUGGAAGCAGCUGGGCAGGAAGAGCCCUGAGGUAAAACUGUGUGUGUGUAACAAAGCCCUGGUAACGCGGUUGCUACCGGCAGUGCCGGCUGCUUGCUAACGGCAUGCUGCCCUUUUAAGCCGCCAGAGGGUAGGAUGGUGGCAAAAGAACCCUUUGCCUUAACCUCCUCCCCUCCCCUCAGGCUGGCUCUGUGAUCAACGGAGCAGUGCCUCGCCAGCCAGUUGCCUCCUUAACCUUCACACGGGUCCCAUGCGGCAGCCUUGGCAACCUUAAAAGUUAGGGAAACACCAAAAACACAGGCAACAUAGGCAAAUAGAAUUAGCAAGAAGAGAAGUCUGAAUCACAACAGUUCAUUGUACAAGGGAAUCUCCAUGUAAAUAGUGGUGGGUUAAUCCUUAAAAUAAAGCUCUCCACCCAAACUACACCAAGUUUGAAAAUAAACUUCAAUGCAGAGAAAGCCAUAUGCAUGAGGAACAACAACAUCAAAAAUAACCCAGAAGAAAUGAAGUAUAAAGGUGAGGUAUAGGUAACUAUAGUAUUACUGAUAGUGCCUGUUGUGUGUCUGUUCUGGCUAUUAUUUUGAAACAAGGUGUUUUUUUAAAAAAUACAUGAACAAGAGCAUGUUUCUGGCACCUCUUUAGUCUGGCUCCCAACAGUGUCUGAGGGACAGUGAACUGGCCCCCUGUUUAAAAAGUUUGAGGACCCCUGCUCUGUGGGAUCAUUUAAAACCUUUUUACAAUAGCUGCACUGGACCAGGAGACCUAAAGGGAUAUAUUUCCCCACCCCACUCUCUCUCCCUUCCCUCUCCCCUCUCCACCCCAUGGCGGCUGAAAUAUGACAGCCUAAGAAAUUGGGGGGGGGGUGUUGUGGGUCUUGCCUACACUAUGGACCUCCUUGCCUCAAAAGAUCUGUUUAGUCCCCUUAUUCCAGGAGGUUUGAGGAUUGUUAAGGAAGACCUCUUUUUAAGCUGUUUUACCUGCUGUAACUUGUCUGCUUUUUUCUUGUUAAACUGUUUUGUUGUAUCAUGGCAUUAUGUUCUUAUGAUUUGUUUUGUAUACUGUUGGAUUAUUCUUAGUGGCUUCAAUUUUGUAAAUGCAAGCAGAAGAGUAGGAUAUAACUGCUAUUAAGUAUAUAAAAUUGUAGAGGUUUUUAGGCAGAGGUUUGCUGGCCAUCUGUCAUGGAUGCUUUAGUUGAGUUUCCUGCAUUGCAAGUGAUGGACCAGAUGAGCAUCAGGGUCCCUUCCAACUGUUGUGAUCUUGCGUAAGUGGGCGGACACCUGUAUUAGGAGAAAUUUGCACCAAAAAUGCUGAUGAAUUUUAAUGAGCACAUUAAAAAAAACCAUAGACAGAUAUGGAAAUGUUGGAGAACUGGAUUUGGAAAAUGGACAAACAGAGAAACUGAAAUUGAACAGAUUCACCCAGCUGAUAAAGUCAGGGCCAGCACCAACCUUUAGCAUAGUGCAUCUGAUGGAUUCUCUGCCACUAAUGACUUCUCAUGGUGAUGCCACUUCCAGGUCAAGAUAAAUCAAGAUGGCAGACCGAAACAUGACUUUGGCAUGACUUCACCCAGUCUUUGGCAUGAUGAGUCUAAACUCACAGAUUACAUGAUCCAUUAAAAUAACGCAGUAUUUUUUGGUCUGAAAAAAAUCCUGGGCAGUGUCAAGCACUCCCCGCUAGCUGUAUAUACUAAAAAAUGGGGGAGCAUCCCAUUUCCCCUUUUCUCCUAAUAAACCCUGUAUAUACACACACACACACACACACACACACACACACACACACACACAAUCUGUCUUGCACCUUGAGGACCUAUUCCACUUAUAUCUGCAAAACACUUCCUGCUUUGCAUACCAAAGUGCCUAGGGGAACAACUGCACAACUAGGAACACCCCUUAAUAUCUUGUCUAAUGCAGGACUGGGACGCAGGUGGCGCUGUGGGUUAAACCACAGAGCCUAGGACUUGCCGAUCAGAAGGUUGGCAGUUCGAAUCCCCGUGACGGGGUGAGCUCCCGUUGCUCUGUCCCUGCUCCUGCCAACCUAGCAGUUUGAAAGCACGUCAAAGUGCAAGUAGAUAAAUAGGUACCGCUCCAGCGGGAAGGUAAACAGCGUUUCUGUGUGCUGCUCUGGAUCACCAGAAGUGGCUGUACGCCGGCUCCCUUGGCCAAUAAAGCGAGAUGAGCGCUCUUGGAGUUUUAUGAAGAAGAACCUACAGGGGAUGGGGGUAGGCCAAGGCUUUGAAAACGGUAUAAGUGCAAUUUAUUCAGAACAAAAGGCUAAACUAAUUGUAAAUAAUGUAGUGACGGAAGAAUUUAAGAUAGAAAAAGGGACACGACAAGGUUGCCCAAUUUCCCCAUUGCUUUUUAUAUCGGUCCUGGAGGUUUUGCUGAAUAUGAUUAGAAGGGACCAGUUGGUUAAAGGUAUACAAGUCGGAGCUAAACAGUACAAAUUGAGAGCAUUUGCAGAUGACUUAGUAUUGACAUUACAGGAGCCAGAAUCUAGUACUAAAAGGGUUUUAGAACUGAUUCAAGAAUUUGGUCAGGUUGCAGGAUUUAAACUGAAUAAGUUAAAAACCAAGGUAUUAGAGAAAAAUUUAACACCGAUUGAGAGAGAGAGGUUUCAGAAUGAGACAGGUUUGACAGUGGUUAAGAAAGUGAAAUACCUGGGGAUUAAUAUGACAGCAAAAAAUGGGAAUUUAUUUAAAGACAACUAUGAAAAAUGCUGGGCCGAAGUGAAAAAAGAUUUAGAAAUUUGGUCAAACUUGAAGCUUUCACUGUUGGGUCGUAUUGCUGCGAUAAAAAUGAAUGUAUUGCCUAGAAUGUUGUUUUUGUUUCAAACAUUGCAAAUUGUGGACAAAAUGGAUUGCUUCAAGAAGUGGCAGAGAGACAUUUCUAGAUUUGUCUGGCAGGGCAAGAAGCCCAGAAUAAAAUUUAAGAUAUUAACUGAUGUAAAGGAAAGGGGUGGAUUUGCCCUGCCAGACUUUAAACUUUACUAUGAAUCAGCAACAUUUUGCUGGUUGAAAGAAUGGCUGCUUCUUGAAAAUACAGACAUUUUGGAUUUAGAAGGCUUUAACAAUGUAUUUGGAUGGCAUGCAUAUCUGUGGUAUGAUAAGGUCAAAGCACAUAAAGCAUUCAAGAAUCAUAUUGUCAGGAAAGCAUUGUUUAAUGUAUGGAUAAGAUACAAGGAUUUAUUGGAAAAUAAAACCCCAAGGUGGCUGUCACCGAUGGAAGCGAAAGCUCUGAAAAGGCUCAAUAUGGAGGCCAAAUGGCCGAAAUAUUGGGAAAUUUUGGAACAAGAUGGAGAUAGACUGAAAUUACAGAGUUUUGAAAAAUUAAAAAAUAAAGUGCGAGACUGGCUUCAUUAUUAUCAGAUAAUGGAGGCAUAUAAUUUGGACAAGAAAAUUGGCUUCCAGGUGGACAAAUCAAAAUUGGAAACAGAACUGUUAGAACCCAAAACUAAGAAUUUGUCAAGAAUGUAUAACUUGCUGUUGAAAUGGAAUACUCAGGAUGAAACGGUGAAAUCUGCUAUGAUUAAAUGGGCACAAGAUGUUGGACAUAACAUAAUGAUGGCUGACUGGGAACAGUUAUGGACCACAGGUAUGAAGUUUACGGCAUGCAAUGCCUUAAGAGAGAAUAUUAUGAAAAUGAUAUACAGGUGGUACAUGACCCCAGUCAAGCUUGCAAAAAUCUAUCAUUUGCCUGAUAAUAAAUGUUGGAAAUGUAAAGAAACUGAAGGUACAUUCUUUCACCUUUGGUGGACGUGCCCAAGGAUUAAGGCUUUCUGGGAGAUGAUCUAUAAUGAAUUGAAAAAGGUAUUUAAAUAUACCUUCUUGAAGAAACCAGAGGCCUUUCUCCUGGGCAUAGUCGGCCAAUUGGUGCCAAAGAAGGAUAGAACUUUUUUUAUGUAUGCAACAACAGCAGCAAGAAUACUCAUCGCGAAGUAUUGGAAGACACAAGACCUACCCACUCUGGAAGAAUGGCAGAUGAAGGUGAUGGACUAUAUGGAACUGGCGGAAAUGACUGGCAGAAUCCGAGACCAGGGAGAAGAGUCGGUGGAAGAAGAUUGGAAGAAAUUUAAAGACUAUCUACAGAAAUAUUGUAAAAUUAAUGAAUGUUAGAAUGAUGUUGGAUAGAAAUUAAGUGGUUUUCAGCUGUAAUACUAUAAGGGAAUAUGAAAAAUGGAUUAUUAAUAGGUAAAAAUUUAACGUUACAAUAUUUUAAGAUUAAAGACUAGGAUAAACAAAGAGGGUAAGGAUUUGCUGAACCAACAAACCGAACUGGAAUACAAAAAGGGAGGCGUGAGGAGGUCCGGGAAACAAGCUAAUGAAAAAUAAGUAAUGGAAAGAUUGAGUUGUUUUUAACCAUUUUUAUUUUGUAUUUUCUUCUUUUUUAUUUUUAUUUUGUAAUAUUUUGAAAAUCUUAAUAAAUAUCUUAUUAAAAAAAAUAAAUAAAGCGAGAUGAGCGCUGCAACCCCAGAGUCGGUCACGACUGGACCUAAUGGUCAGGGGUCCCUUUACCUUUUAAUGCAGGACUAAUCCUACCAUUAUACAGAAGGAGGCAGCUUCUUCAAGCAGUGCUGAAUACUCAAGCACCAAUCUGCUUCAAAUGGGUGGUGGUGGGCAGCAUCAUACUGUAUUUUGCCCCAGACUUCAAACUGUCGUGGGUUGCAAGACCACUUGAGAACUCAAAAGCUUGUUCACCAUCUGGCUAUAUUUUUAGUUGGGGCUAAUAAACAUACUGUCCUACUAUGGAUUUUGGAAUUUCUCUGCCACUGUUUCCCUCCACAGGAUGUUGCUGCAUUUUUUUGUAGCAUCUUUCAGAGCAAGUUUGCCUUCCACUGAUUGCUUCCCAUGGCUCUACCUUUUAGUGUGAGUUAUUAUGACAUCUGGACCAUCUGGCUCUGAUUUCUAUGACUCACUGGAUUUUGGAUUAUUUUCAUAGUCUGACAAUUUGGAGGUCUAGCUGUGAGUGGUUAGGGUGUGAAUGGGCAUGUUUCAACAUCUGCAUUCCCCUUGUUUUUCCAGUUCUGUAGCUUCCCUUCUCCUCUCCAGCCUGCUCCUCUUACUAUUUUUGCAGGUUGCAACUGGGAGUUUUCUUGGUUCAGAACUGCACACUUUUGGCACAAGUCAGUCAUAAAUCAUUUUCAACCACACCCUUCUGGCAAGGGCGGUUUCCCACUAGCACUGCCGCUGGGAAUCCAACAGAUUUAGCUACAUUAUUCUUCAUAUUGAACUGAUUUUAAUCUUGCCUUGCUACAGAUUUUCCACAAAUGUAAACAAGAAGCACAGCUUAGCCCACAGCUUAAAACAGCAUUUAUGCAUACAUGGCAAGAAGUGCAAAGGCUGAGCAUUCAGAGACUUAAGCUCCCCUAUUCAAAACUGGGCAAUGAAAACAACUCUCUAGGAAAUGGAAACAAUCCUUCAAAAAUACUAACAUUCAUUCAGUUUCUCUAGGAGUCUCAAAUUUGUGAAAGCCUCUUGUUGAGAUGCCAAACUUUUCAGAAGAAGGGUCACCCCUCUUCCAGCAAAGAAUAUUGCAUAGAUGCUGCUAUACAAGUUUAUAUUGCUCCUGCCUCUCUGGCAAUUGGGAUGUCCUCAACAAGCAUGACACUAGGCUGUUCACCGUCUUGAAGUUGUACACUUACAAGCACACAUAGUAUAAUACAAGUAUAAUACAGCUGAAGCAAUUUUAGGAGGAUGUUUUGGAAUGCUACCCCCAUUUGAAAUCCCAAACUCAUGCAUUUAUGUUGAGAUUUGCUAAAGCAAACAGACAGGAAAAGCAAGCUUUGUGAGAACUGAUCUCAUUCCCAAGAAUCAUUACUAUGCCAAGACAUUGCAAAAGAUAAUGCAGUCCUCAGUGGCUUUGCAAAGGGGUACAAAAUGACCCGAGAAAGGAUGCAAAGCUUGUAACAGUUGGCUAUGGAUGAUUCCCAGUGAUGAAUGGGAUACUUGCCAAAGCCCCUUGCCAGACAGCCAUCAGCAAAGCUCAUUUUCUGCCCUGGGAAGAAGCAACAAUGGGAAGGUGCAGUGAAAGUAGCACCCUUCACACCCUGCCCCCAAGGAUGAAUCUCCAGUGUGCCUCAGAGAGUCAGCUAGUGCACAGAGGGCAUAGCUGCACACCCAAGGAGGAGGAGAAAAACUAGGUCAGUUAUGAAUCAUUGGAGAUCAGUUGAGUUGACUCAUUGCGGUGUCUGCUGAUUAUAUGUGCUACUUUGGUGACUCUGGUUCCUUGCUAAGCUCUGCUGAGCAAUCGUAAAGCCUUGAAGAAGCACGCUCCUUGCAUUUUGUGCUAUUAGAAGCUGCCUUAACUUUAUUGAUGGGGCACCCUGUUUCUGUUUGAAUUGUGUACAUUUGCAAAAUAAAAAAGGAUGGGAACAAACAUUUGCAAAUUUUAAAAGCAGAGCAUACUAUUUAAGGGAAAGACAGAGGAGGGAUUGAGCAAGAGGGGGCGAGGAUCCCUCAGCUGGGAGGGGAGGCUUUGCACUGCCUAUCGGAGCAGCCCCGAUCUCAACUCCUACUUGCAUGCAAGCAGGAGGGGAAAGGAAUCACACUUCAAAACGACCUUGACAGAUUAGAGAACUGGGCCAAAACAAACAAGAUGAAUUUUAACAGGGAGAAAUGUAAAGUAUUGCACUUGGGCAAAAAAAAUGAGAGGCACAAAUACAAGAUGGGUGACACCUGGCUUGAGAGCAGUACAUGUGAAAAGGAUCUAGGAGUCUUGGUUGACCACAAACUUGACAUGAGCCAACAGUGUGACGCGGCAGCUAAAAAGCCAAUGCAAUUCUGGGCUGCAUCAAUAGGAGUAUAGCAUCUAGAUCAAGGGAAGUAAUAGUGCCACUGUAUUCUGCUCUGGUCAGACCUCACCUGGAGUACUGUGUCCAGUUCUGGGCACCACAGUUCAAGAAGGACACUGACAAACUGGAACGUGUCCAGAGGAGGGCAACCAAAAUGGUCAAAGGCCUGGAAACGAUGCCUUAUGAGGAACGGCUAAGGAAGCUGGGCAUGUUUAGCCUGGAGAAGAGGAGGUUAAGGGGUGAUAUGAUAGCCAUGUUCAAAUAUAUAAAAGGAUGUCACAUAGAGGAGGGAGAAAGGUUGUUUUCUGCUGCUCCAGAGAAGCGGAAACGGAGCAAUGGAUCCAAACUACAAGAAAGAAGAUUCCACCUACCGUAUUUUGCGCUCCAUAGGGCGCACCUGACCAUAGGGCGCACCUAGUUUUUAGAGGAGGAAAAUACGGAAAAAAAUAUUCUGAAUCAAAUGUUGCACUAAACUAUUUAAAGCAGCAAAGCGGGUGGCUCCUGUCCGCUUUGCUGCUUUAAACUGAGCCUCAGAGGAGGGUAGGAAGGGGAACCAUGGCUUAUCUAAGUCCAGUUAAUAACGCUGAGCCUGACUUAUGGCCAUCGAGAUUAGCCUGACCGUCUCAGUGGAAAUCUGGGGAGGCUGGGGUGGACUUUCAGUGGUCAAAGUGUGGUUGUGUCUUCCUGCCCAGCAUCUAUUUCCUGCCCUCUUUCCCUCCUGCACCUCCGCACCCUGCUUCGAGGGAAGGAAGCGGAGCCAUGGAUCCUCUGCUCGCAACUGCAGUGGAUUCCCUCCACUUUGAAGCAGGAAAGUGGGAGAGGAGCUGCUUACAUGAGUGUAAGCUGCUCCCCUCCCGCUUUGCUGCUUCAAAGGGAGCCCAGGAGGAGGGAAUCUGCUGCAGCCGCAAGCAGUGGAGGAUCCAUGGUCCCCUUCCUUCCCUCCUCCGUAGUUGCUUUGAAGGAGGAAAGUGGGAGAGGAGCUGCUUACACGAGUGGACGCUGCUCCCCUCCCACAUUGCCGCUUCAAAGCAAUCACGGAGGUCGGAAUCCGCUGCAGCCUCUAGCAGCGGAGGAUCCAUGGUCCCCUUCCUUCCCUCCUCCGUAGUUGCUUUGAAGGAGGAAAGUGGGAGAGGAGCUGCUUACACGAGUGUAAGCUGCUCCCCUCCCACAUUGCCGCUUCAAAGGGAGCCCGGGAGGAGGGAAUCUGCUGCAGCUUCCCCCACCUCCCGCAAAAGCCGCGCGCUCUUUAAAGGGGCUGCGCGGCUUCCCCUGGCUUUUCUGGGAGGUGGGGGGAUUCCCCCACCUCGUAGAAAAGCCUGCAGGAGCCGCACAGCCUUUAAAGAGGGCGCCGCUCUUGGGGGCUUUUCCCCCAGGAGGGAGAAGGGACUGAUGCGGCCAGUCAGUCCCUUCUCCCUCCUGGAGAAAAGCCCGCAAGAGCGCACGAAGCUUGUGUGCGGCUCUUGAGGGCUUUUCCCGCCUGCCUCCCCCCCUGCAUUCGCUCCAUAGGACGCACACACAUUUUCCCUUGCUUUUUAGGCGGGAAAAAGUGCGUCCUAUGGUGCGAAAAAUACGGUAAACAUUAGGAAGAACUUCCUGACAGUAAGAGCUGUUCGACAGUGGAAUUUGCUGCCAAGGAGUGUGAUGGAGUCUCCUUCUUUGGAGGUCUUUAAGCAGAGGCUUGACAACCAUAUGUCAGGAGUGCUCUGAUGGUGUUUCCUGCUUGGCAGGGGGUUGGACUCGAUGGCCCUUGUGGUCUCUUCCAACUCUAUGAUUCUAUGAAUCCCAUCAGAGCAGCCCCAUCCCACUCCUACUUGCGUGCAUGCAGGAGGGGGCAGCGAGCCCUCAGCUGCAGUCCAGAAUCUUUCAGUUUCACCCUUCGCAUUAGUGCAGGCAUGCUUUUUUUUUCCAAUUGAGAUGAAUACAUGGUAAAAUCUCAGUUAAUGUCAGUUGGUCUAAAUCAGGUAUAAAUAUAUUUGGACACAACAAGUAUACUUGGUGUUAUGUUCCUGUUCAUAUGUUGUGAACUUAAAAGUUGACAGACAACCUUUAUUACUGCGUAAUGUACGGUACUUUACAAUGUUCCUGACAUAUAUUUCAGCUUUCUGGAUUCAUUUGCAUAAAAUUGUUGCAUAAAAUUUGCAUUUAAUUUUAAUGAUUCUAAGAAUGUCAGGCAAAAUGGUCGGGCCCUGUGCAUGUUCACUUCAUCAAAUCAUGCCCCAGCUCUCAUGCUAUCUGUUGCUGCUGCUGCAUGUUGUAGUCUCCAUCAUCUGGGGCAACAGAUUGACAAAGGCUGCUGUAGAGUCUCAGGAGUUGAAGCAGCCCAGGAAAGGAGAUACUAAUAACAAUGGAGAGUUUGUUUCUUUGAAGUUUGACCACAGUCAUCGUUCCCUUCCGUCUCCUCAACACCUAAGUGUAAAUGUAAGUUAAACCCAGAAAUUUCUGUGAGGAGCAAUCCUAAAAACAGCUCAACAACUUUGGGGCAAAAUCCUAAAAAAAGCUCAACAACUUUGGCCAGCCCUCAUCAAAUCAGUGGCGUAGCGUGGGUUGUCAGCACCUGGGGCAAGGCAAGUAAUUUGCGCCCCCUAACCCUGAGUGAGCCAGGUAGGGGCAGAGAGCUGCGAGUGCGAGCGUGCCCCCCCAGAUGUUGCACCUGGUGCGGCCGGCCCCCCUGCACCCCCCACGCUACGCCACUGCAUCAAAUCUGGCCCUCUUUGAAAAAUGUUUGACACCACUGCCCUAAGCACUCCAUGUAAGGACAGAGGAGAAGGAGUGGAGGAGGGUGGAGCUUUUCGGCUGACAUCUCUAGUGGUAAACCAGGCAGUAACUUUUCCAGGGUUCUGUUUUUCACUUCCAAUCACAGUGCCAGUCUUCCUGUCACAAGGAAGGAGGAACUGUCUCUUGUCAAAUGAGCACAACAACCCCUCCCCAGUGAACUGUUCUUUAGUCAUCAUAAACCCUGCAUCAAUACAUUUUGAAAUGUUCAGGUUCCCUGUUUAGGGGGAACUGUACCAUAUAUGCUGCUUUUAUGCAAAUCUCUCCCCAAACCACGGGGAAUCCCUUUUUAGAUUCCCCCUCAUCAACUUUAAAGCUGUCCUGCAUCUAACACAAUAUCCCAUACCUAUCCUGAAAUUUGACAAGCUUUUUAUUACUUAGGGGCAUCUCAAUGGCAGAAUGUUCUCAAACAAAUUACGUACAAAACAAUAUGGGGGGGGGGUAAAGUGAUUUUUUUUAAAAGGUGCAUUUUAGAAGAUUUCCAGAGUGAUCCUAACCGUGUCUGCUCGGAAGUAACUCUUACUGAAUUCAGUGGGGCUUACUCUCAGGAAAGUGGGGUUAGGCUCACAGCCUUAGAUUUUGCCUUUUGGUUGCAAUCCUAAGCAUGACUUAUUUGGAGAAAGGUCUAGCUGAAAUCAGUGAGAUAUACCCUGAGUAAACAUCUCAAGAACUGCAGUUUUAAUGUGAAAUACAGUGACAUUUCUAUUUGGGGAGAUUCUAACGGUUAAGAGACAGGUUUUAUUUUAUUUUCUUUGUUCAACGUUUGUGCAACCAAUGUUUUGCUUCUGGUCAUCCUCAAGAGAAAAGGAGGGCAAGAACAAUGGGCACAUGGAAUUCAUAACACUGAUUUGGUCCCAUGUUGCUUGUUGGUGAGUCUUCAGCUUGAUGUGCCUUUGCAUCCUGAAAAUAAUUGUAACAUCUACAAAAGGUUCCAGUCUUUGCUAUUCUUUGACUCUUGUAAGCAGAUACUUCAGCUGAGCCAAUUAAUGUUUAAAAUAUUUCAUGUCUAGAUUAGCAUAAUGCGUUCCUUCAAGACUCUGAUUUCUUUUUGCUGUGUUACAAACUAACACAUUGGAAAAAGAAGCACUAAUCCUGAAAUACAGCCUUGAACUUCCCGGCUAUUAUCUUCUCCCCACUGUGGGAAGUUGGGAACUGAUUAUUUAUGCCUGCAUUUCCUCUCCUAUGACUGUUAUCUGCUUCCUGCUCUAAUCCACAGAAAUACGUUUCUGCUUAUGUGACUACUUAUAAAACUUAGUCUUCUUAAAGAAAUGCCUUUGGUGUGAAGAUCUUGCUUUGUCAGCAGCAGCUGAAGAAUUUACCUGUUAAGCUGAAGAUCUUAACAUUUGCUUUUAUGUUUCUCCUCUUAGAUGCCAGGCUAAAGACCUAUAUGUCAGACUGAACAGGGACCCAUGACAACUAGAGUUUAUGCUGAAUUUUGAGGCAGAAACUGCUGUCAAGAAUACCAGGCCCCUCAGAUUCACUUGUGAACCACCGUGAGACCUCUGAGUAUAGGGCGGUAUAUAAACUCCAAUAAUAAUAAUAAUAAUAAUAAUAAUAAUAAUAAUAUACCCAAGUUUAGGUAUCUUUGCUCCCUUAACUUUCCAGUGCCACCAAUUCACUCAGAGUGCUUUGAAAAAGCCUCCUAGCACAGAGAUGGACACCAGCACUUGAGACAGGAUGAAUUAUAAACUAAUAUUAUUGGUUUAUUAAAGGAUGCUAUAAGAGAAUACUGAUACUUGGGGCUUUCCCCCCCAGCCAGAGCUCACUGGAGCUCCAGCACCUCUUUUUCUAGAAAAAUAGCCCUGCUGGUACUUACAUUGGGUACUUAUUGACAGUUUCUGAAAACUCAAGAGACCAUGUUCCUAACACCAGAUCUCCAACUCUUCAAGUGGCUUUUACCUCAGGCCAAUUUUCCUGGAACUCCACCUCAGGCAAUAACUCCCCAACCCAGUCCACUUAUUGGGGAUAAUCUGCCUCUGUACCCCAAAACUCUACUUCUUGGACAUUUUAGCCCAUUUGUAUAAACUUCCUCUGGUAAGAGGAUAGCCUCUCAGGCUACCUCAGCCACCAACUCCUUUCUCUGAUCUUCCCCAGACGAGUAUUAUUAUUCCUUAAUAAAUGUCUAUACUGCCCUUCAUCCGAGGAUCACAGGGCAGUUUUACAAUAUAAAAACACAAAAAUACAUAACACAGAUAAAACACUGGGCAUUCUGAAUAACACAUGGGCCGUUAAUAUAUAUAGGCCUCAGUUUCCCCCCUGGUUUUAUUCCUCACACUUUCCUCAUCAAGCCCUUUAUUCCCACCAACUUUCAGCAAGAACUACUGAGACAAAGGCUUACAACACCAUAACAGAACAAGGCCUCGGACUCUGUAACAGAAGUCACAGAACAUUUUAUCCCUUCAGGCACAAAUAUAAACAGGUUUUAUAUCUAAUUUCUCCACAGCCGCCCUGUGCUGUGCAUUUAAAGGACGUGCAUUUAAAAGUUGGACAAGUUGAGUGUGGCUUUCCUCAUCCUUCUAAGAGCUCCAUGGAGGAAAGGUGGGGUAUUAAUGUAAGAAUAAAUAAUAAAAUGCCGAAGUCAACUCUGCUGGCUUAUACAGGACAUGCCCACUUGUUGCUCCAAGUCAAAAACUCUGGAAAUGUUUUGAGUUUGGUUAUGGUUUCUAAAGAAUGUCACAACUAGUACUUCAGCACAAGCAGUUCUCAUGCAGAGGGGGCAUUUCAUACCACAUUUAGAAACAACUAAAAGAGGAAGUAACAAAUUCCCUCUGCUUCUUUUUUAGAUUAUUUCCCUUUAGGAAGGUCAACAAGGAUGCAGAUCUUUACAUUUCUUGCUGACAUAUCCAAAACUUUCACAGAAUCAUGUUGGGUCAAGUAAACAAUCUCUUUUCCUUUUUCGGUCAUGCGAUAGGAGGCGAUUUCUUUCUAAGAAGAAGGAAACUUCCUUCUUUUCUCCCUAGUAUUGGAAGACUUACCAUGUUGGACAAGGGUUCACAAAGUGCACAUCCUCUGCUCUCAUUGAGCUCUCAGACUCCCUGAAGGCUCUUUUCCAGGAAAACAAAGGGCACUUCCACACUGACAUUAUUAUGGGACUGGGAUUCAAUCACAUAUCGGCCCAUUUAAGAUGCACAGUUAUGGAUGAAAGGGAUUAACAAUUGCUGGAUGCAUUGUUGUAUCAUUUUCCUGCAAAAAAAUAAAAAUUGGGUGGUUGCUCAUUUCAACAUACUGUAUAGAGGGCCACUGGUUCCCCAUUUCUUAUCUAGGGAUCUGAUGGAAAGUAGUAGUAGAUCUAUACCUGUUUGCUCCCGCUUUAUAUUUGUAAAUACAGCCAACAGCACAAAAACACCAUAAGCCUCUAAUGCUUUCUCAAAUAAAGGAAACGAUUCACUUUUUAAUCCAGAUAGCAGCCAGUUGAGGCAACAUUAUCUUGAGGAUCCAGGAAUGAGUUUCACUCAAAAGGCAAGGUGAAAUGUGAGGAGUGGAAUUCGUCUUCUGUCUGUGCAAGCAUUCCUGGGAUGAUUCCCCUUCUCCGUGGUGGACCUUGGGGUCUCAGAUUUCAGUGGCGCUCUGUGCAAUGCCAAAAUUCGGUGCCCUCCCACCUCUUGCCCUACAUUCUUCAUCAUAACUGCAGCACCCUCAAGACUCUACCCCCAGUGCGAUUGAACAGGUUGCGCUCCCCUAAAUCUGCCUCUGCCCUCCUCCUCCCCCCAUGUGCUAUACUGGGGGCUUUUUCAAUCCACCCCAGCCAUUUCAGGAUAGCCUGGGUGGGGAGAGGUGGGGGGAAGCCCCCUUGCCCAAGCAGAAGUCCUUGUCUAGGGCUUCUGCCGGCAGGGCUAGUUAGGUGAAACCUGCAUGGUGUGUUUUGCAUUGCACCAGGAUUUUGGUUGGGGUUGUUUUUUUUGGGGGGGGGAGGUUGCCCUAGGUCUUCCAAAGAGUUUUACAAUCAAUAAAAAGCUUGUAGUUAAACAGAGAAAUGUCAUGGACUUUUUCAGUGUUCCCAUAACAAAAUAGCAACCACUAACAAAAGUAAUACCCAAAGUAUAGCCACUCCAGGCUUUUCUUGUGUCAGACCUGGUUCUUGUGUACAAGUGGAUGGAUUCAGUUUUGCUUCUUUUUUUAAAGACAGGUACAUGGAUGUAGCUUUCAAGGGCCUCUGGCUGAAAAACGGAAUAGAAACAAACUGUUAACAGUCAUGGAUAGUGAGAGACCUCUAGCAAGGGAGUGCAAAUAUGUCCAAGUUUCAAAUCUUUUCAAUCUUAAAUUCUGUUCUUCAUAUUUCUGGAACAGUUUGCCACACACACACACGUGUGCAUGCAUAUACUUCAUACAAAUCCAUCAGCAUUUUAGUGUGGAUUUCUUCUAGCAUACUUAUUUUUGUAAUCAGUUUUGACUAAUGCACUUUUUGUAAGCAAUUUCCCUUAAUAAAAUUAAUUGUAACUUGUAAUUUUGACUACUUAUAUGCAUUUUUGUGCACGCUUUACUCUAGUACAUGCACAUUUCUUGUUAUACGUGGCUGGAGAUCCGCAUUGCACAAUUUGGGAAAAUGUGAAUUUCAUAGGAUGGUUGUGUUUCAGUUCAUAUAUUGCUUCAAAAAGUGCAAAUUUGGUAAGUUUGCCUGAAUAAAAAAUCUACUCCUUGCUACCUCUAGAGUAGCAGAAGUACGUCUCCCAAUUGCUCGGGCCUGGAAACAAAUGGGACACAAAGAAUAACACCUUGUGUAUCUACUCUGCCCUAUGGGUCGGCGGGUUUAUGGGAAGGCCCACUUCUGAAUGAAAGAAUACAUGUUUUGUUUCCAGAAGACCUGAGAUUCACCUCUUAGUAUUGUCAGUUAAAGGGAUAUCAUGGGAGCAGGGCUUGGGAAGAGUCUCUGUCUGAGACCCUGGAGACCCAGCUAGCAUAAAUGGUUUGAGGUUAGUUGGGUCCCUGUCCUGGCUCUUUAUAUGUUGCAAUAUUUCUGUGGGAGAGCAUGUGCUUUGCAAGUGUAAGGUCCUAGGUUCAGUUCCUUGCAUCGCCAGUUAAGACGGGGACUUAGGCAGCGUGACAGACAGCUGCAACCUCAGACAGCUGUUUUCAGUUAGACAUGACAGCAUUGGGCUGGAAAGACUAAUAGUCUGAUUCAGUGAAAGGAAGGUCGGCACUGAUGCAGAAACAGGGAGCGAGGGAACCUCAAAAGUAAACUGGAGUUAUGUUAGAUUUUGCCCUAGUUGUGUCUCCUCUAAAACAAACACAUAGCUUAGUGCAGGGGUCCUCAAACUUUUUAAAUAGGGGGCCAGUUCACUGUCCCUCAGAUACUGUUGGGGACUGGACUAUCGUUUGAAAAAAAUAUGAACGAAUUCCUAUGCACAUUGCACAUAUUUUAUUAGUGGUGCACAAAAAAUCAGGAGAAACAAUACAAUAUUUAAAAUGAAGAACGAUUUUAAUCAACAUAAACUUAUAAGUAUUUCAAUGGGAAGUAUGGGCCUACUAAUGAGAUGGUCAAUAUCCGGUUCCAUAUUUGUCACGGCUAGUCGUAGCAAGUGAUGCAAGUGUUCAUCAGUUAGUUGGGAUCUGGUUGGAGAUUUCAGAUGCUUCAUUCCAGGAAAAGUCUGUUCACAGACAUAGGUGCUGCCAAAGAUGGUUGCAAUUUUGAGUGCAUGGUUCCUGAGAUUCAGAUAUGUCUCAGAAGGGAGAGAUGCAUAGAUAUUAGUGAGACUGAAUUAUGUAGGACAUUAAAUUUCUGCACCUAAAUUUCUGCCACUGCUGUGGCAAAGGGAUCUACUAUCAUUCAAAUAACUAAAUUUAAAUUAUGUGAAAACAUGACGAUAAAAAAAAGCAUGCAACAGAAAACCUUACGUGGGCAAGUUUCAGUUUUAAGCAAAUGAUAAGGCAAGGCAAGGAGCCCUGUUUAGGGAAUGAUUUAAUGACUGAUGUUUUAAUGUAUUUUUAAUCUUUUGUUGGAAGCCUCCCAGAGUGGUUGGGGAAACCCAGCCAGAUGGGUGGGGUAGAAAUAAUAAAUUAUUAUUAUUAUUAUUAUUGAGGUUAAAACUUGGUACUCUGUUUCUAGUUUGAUGUAGGUGCUGUGAGUCACAUGUAUAACUGCUAACAAUGCAUUUUAACAUGUUUCCUUUGUUCACUGUCUAUUUCUGUAUGCUGAUAAAGAGGUGCCAGAAACAUGCUCUUUUUCAUGUUUUGUUUUUUAAAAAAACCUUAUUUCAAAAUAAUAGCCAGAACAGACACACAACAGGCACUAUCAGUAAUAAUGUAAGUUACCUAUACCUCACCUUUAUACUACAUUUCUUCUGGGUUAUUUUUGAUGUUGUUGUUCCUCAUGCAUAGGACUUUCUCUGCAUUGAAGUUUAUUUUCAAACUUGGGAAAGUUUGGGUGGAGAGCUUUAUUUUAAGGAUUAACCCACCACUAUUUACAUGGAGAUUCCCUUGUACAAUGAACUGUUGUGAUUCAGACUUCUCUUCUUGCUAAUUCUAUUUGUAUAUGUUGCCUGUGUUUUUGGUGCUUCCCUAACUUUUAAGGUUGCCAAGAAGAAGAAGAAGAGUUUGGAUUUGAUAUCCUGCUUUAUCACUACCCGAAGGAGUCUCAAAGUGGCUAACAUUCUCCUUUCCCUUCCUCCCCCACAACAAACACUCUGUGAGGUGAGUGAGGCUGAGAGACUUCAAAGAAGUGUGACUAGCCCAAGGUCACCCAGCAGCUGCGUGUGGAGGAGCGGAGACGCGAACCCGGUUCCCCAGAUUAUGAGACUAUCGCUCUUAACCACUACACCACACUGGCUCUCCGCCACAUGGGACCUGCAUGCAUAUUAAGGAGGCAACUGGCCAGUGAGGCGCUGUUCCAGGGCACAGAGCUGGCCUGAGGGGAAGGGUGGAGGGGAAGGGUUGGCAUGGAGGAAACUGGUUGAUUCAGGACCCUGGCGGGCCGGAUCUGGCCUAAGAGCUGUAGUUUGAGGACCCCUAGCUUAGUUCUUUUUUUUCAACCACCUUUCGAAGAUAAUGAAGUCUCCCUGUCCCUUUAUUUUACGACGAUAGUGCUGCUAUCAAUAUGGGGUGGGGAGCCAGGAAGAGAGCAAAUGUUGUGUCUGAUAUCCUCGCAUGUCAGUGGAUGAGGUCAACAUCCCUAGCCAAAAUAAAAGAUUUGGAGCAGUGGCGGAGUUAGCUGCAUGGGCGCCCAGAGUGGCGGCCAUGCCGUGCACCCGGGGGGUGGGGUGAUCUGCCGCACAUGGGGGUGGGAGGGCGAGCCCCCCGCGGUAUGCCUUUUUGUUACCUCCCUCAGAGAUGACACCCGGGGCGAACCGCCCCCACAGCCCCCCCUUUCUAUGCCACUGAUCUGGAGGUAUUUGGGGGAAUGGUACACCACGAUGACCAAAAGAACUUCGCUCUGCUGAUGACAUCUACAAAAUUGAAUGGUCUCUGAAUAAUAUUUUGUUUCCUUUGUAGGGUUAUGGCAUUACAUUUAUACCAAACCUUAUGGUACAACCGCCUUUCAGCUUUACAAUCCUGGGUUGUGGUGAGAGAGGCAACUAACUUGUGACAUAUAAACUGUUUGGCUAAGUUAAUAACAGGACAAGCUCCUCCAUGUUUACUCAAAAGUGGGAAUGAAACAGAGACAUCCGUAAUACAUUCCAGACUUUUGAUCUAACAGUAAUUAUAACAAGUCUGCUUCAAUAUUUCAUGUCUGUUUUCUGUGUGAUUACAUUUAAAUAAAUUAAAAAAUUUAAAAGUACAGAUGUAUGAAUCUGUUAAUUCAAGUUUUUUUUCACUUUCUCAGUUUGUCAUAUUUCUGCAUCAGUUUGCGAUUAAAAAAAAAAAGUCCACAUGAACAUUUGUCAGCAAUUUUGGGAGCGACUCCAGCCAUGGAUCAAGCGGGGCGCUGGCCAAGGACCCAGGAGCUUUGGGGGGGCAUCUCAUUGACCCCAGAUCAACCACAAUCUGCUGAUUCCUGCUAGUUCUAACAUUAGACAGUGGACUGUUCCCACAAAGGUCUUCUUUUCUACUUGGGAUAGGUUUGUGCUGCAGAUUUCACCUUUAGUAAAAUGCUAAACUUCUUAGUCAUAUAUCAGAAAGCACAUACCUAGUGGGUUGUUGCUGUUGUUGCUGUUGUUGUUUAAAGGUGAACAAAUGUGCCACAACGCUGCAUUCUUUGCUGGUGCUCAUGUGCUAAAGACAACUUAUGUCAACAGCUGCAAUGUUGUUCUUGCUUGUGCACACACACACACAAUCCUCUUACAUUCAUUACAUGUAGAUAGGAGAUCACAACAGUGUUGCUGAAACGUUACUUCUGGGAGAACUUUGCAAUGGCUUUCUUAUUUAUUCGACUUCUUGUGCAGAAAGUCUCUCAGUGAUUAAUUUCCUGCACAAAUAAAUUACAGUCUGAAUGUUGCCUCGUGAAGGUAUGUUACGAUAAUUCAGGUGCAGGGAAGAGCGUACAUAAAACGUGUUUAUAGCAAACAGUUUUGUCAUCGUGCGUAUGGUUUGAGGUUGCCUCAUGUGAGUGAUUGCAUUGGUUUGAGUCUGUUCACCCAAAUUGCAUCAGUCCAUCUCCAUUUGCCACGGUCAUACAGCUUCCUUUGUUUAUGCUCAAAUGCCUACUAGUUUAAAUGCAGUUUAUGGAACUGUGGUUUUACGCUGAGGCCAUCUUCUUGCUACAUAAUUGUGGGCUGAGUUUCUAAACCAGCUAGGAUGAGACUUUGAAAAACUCUUCAGAAUGAGUGGGUGCUUUCGUAGGCCCAUUCUGGUUCAUUUCCUUUUUAAGAAAGCACCACAUGCCACAGGGUUCAGAUCUAAUUGGGGAUUAUUACUAUCAUUAUAAUACAAAAGCUUAGCAAUUGUUCCCUCACUUUCAACCAAUCACAUACAAACUUUCCGCCCUCUGUAUGUAAAAUGCUAGGCUUUAUUCACAGUUUUCUUGAUUAAGCUAAAGGUCAGUUUUUAAAACCUCUUAGUUCCACUACUUCACUUUUGAAUGAACUGAUGAAUAGACACACUUCUCAUAACUGAAGCCAUAUUUGCUAUGAGGUAUUAUUGUAAUAGGAAUUGGGGAGGUGGGGGGGAGAGAGAAAUAUUCAAGACAGACAUUUCUCCUAACAAGAAGAGGAAGCUGUUGUGUGUUAACCUGCAAGGUACUUCAAAAAGCACUCAUACUCAGGUUUUAAUAGUGGUAAGCAAAGUUACUGAAAUGUAAAAAAGUGAUCAAAAGGCAGAUGACUGAUCAAUAGACAGUCUAUUAGACAGCCUAACAGUACAAACUGAGCUCAUGGCUUUUUGUUCUUUGCCAGGCAUAGGCAAACUCGGGCCUCCAGAUGUUUUGGGACUACAACUCCCAUGAUCCCUAGCUAACAGGACCAGUGGUCAGGGAUGAUGGGAAUUGUAGUCCCAAAACAUCUGGAGGGCCGAGUUUGCCUAUGCCUGUUCUUUGCUCUUUGUACCUGGGAAGUGCCUGGGCUCCCUUCUCUUUUUAUAGCAGUUUUUUAAAACUUUCCAACUCUCAGCCUAACUGCUGUCAUGUUCCAUAAUAACAAUAACAAUAUCCAUACAGGGUGUCAUAGACAUCAAGUUGGUGAUCGACAUAAAAUUAUCAAUAACAUCGCAUGAUGAAGAACACAUGACAACUAACAAAUCAGUGAAUCGGAUUGCUAAGUCGGCUGAAUCAGUCCUCAGGAAAACCCUGGGGAAACCAAUAUGUUUUGAGCAGGCAGGUAAACGUUGAUACCAUAGGCACCUGCCUGAUUUUUACUGGGGGUACAUUUCAAAGAGCAGGUGCCACAACCAUAAAGCCUUGGUUUUUGUAGACAUAAUGUGAGCCUAGAUAGCAUCCUAAAAAGCAGAGACAUCACCUUGUCAACAAAGGUCCAUAUAGUUAAAGCUAUGGUUUUCCCAGUAGUGAUGUUUGGAAGUGAGAGCUGGACUACAAAGAAGGCUGAUCGCUGAAGAAUUGAUGCUUUUGAAUUAUGGUGCUGGAGGAGACUCUUGAGAGUCCCAUGGACUGCAAGAAGAUCAAACCUAUCCAUUCUUAAGGAAAUCAGCCCUGAGUGCUCACUAGAAGGACAGAUCCUGAAGCUGAAGCUCCAAUACUUUGGCCACCUCAUGAGAAGAGAAGACUCCCUGGAAAAGACCCUGAUGCUGGGAAAGACUGAGGGCACAAGGAGAAGGGGACGACAGAGGACAAGAUGGUUGGACAGUGUUCUCGAAGCUCCCAGCAUGAGUUUGACCAAACUGCGGGAGGCAGUGGAAGACAGAAGUGCCUGGUGUGCUCUGGUCACGAAGAGUUGGACACAAUUAAACGACUAGACAACAACAAGGUGAGCCUCAGAAGCAUGUGGCACUGCUAAGAGUGUUUCUCCUGAGGAACAUAGUGUCCAAGCAGGGUGCACAAGGUAAAGUGAUUCCAAAGAUAAUUUGAUCCCAAGUUGUUGAGGGCUUUCUAUGUUAAAAGCAAAACCUUGGUCUGGUACGAUACUGACAUCCAGCACAGUUCUUUUCAGCAGCAGUGUUCCAUGUUAUCAAAUGGACGCACCCUUCAGCAAUCUCAUUGCAGUAAUGUUGCUCCUUCAAACUUGUACACCUUUGCUAAAAUACCCUCUGUUUAUUUCUGCAUUAGUGUAUUUCUUCAUUCCACUGGUAAAUGAGCAUGGAAACAUGUUCAUCGCUAUUCUUAGAAACCUAGAGCCUUCCAAAGCUAAUUCAAGUGUGUCAGUGAUAAGCAAUGGAACUCUCACAGCCCAACAUUUUAUCCCAUGGAUGGCUUUGCAUGUUCUAUGCUGGGGUGUUGCCCUCUACGAUCAGGUAAACUUCAUGUCCUGAGUUUUGGUUGUUAAAUGUGAAAACAUCUCAUUUUUAGACUCAGGGUGCCUUGACCUACAUACACGAUGUACCAACCAAACUCUGGCUUUCAAAGUCAUUCUGAUUUACAGUCUGGUUUCCACCCUUCAAAUUCCACUGAAGUUGCUCUCACUGAGAUCAUAGACUGCAUUCUUGUUAUCAGAUCUACAGGUAUCUAUUUUGUUCUUGACCUGUGAUACAGCUAGCCACUCUGUCCUUCUUGGCUCCCUCCUUAUUUUGGGCUUCCAUUCCUCUGUUCUUUUCUACUUCCUCUCCUAUUUGGUUAGGGUUGCCAUAUUUCAAAAAAAAAUAAAGACCAGGACACACCGAAGUUGUUUAGCUUUUUUAAAUACAAAACACCAAAAAACCCGUGAUUUUUCAAUUGACUUGCCUAAGAUCCAGGACAACGCACCAUAGGAAAUUCCCCCUGGAUGUUAAUUCCGCCUUUGAAAUCCUGGUUAUGUCCAGACACAUGGCAACCCUAUAUUUGGUGAUCACGAUUCAAUAUUUCUAGAGGGGAAGUUCCUCAGCAACCUUCCUCUGUCUGGAAGACCCACCAAAUCAUGGCUUUUACUUCCACAUGUAGAUGGCAACAAGCAAUGUCUCUCUAGUCAGUCUCACCUCGCCAUCAGCCUGAUGGAUAGAUCAAUGGAUACAGAGGGAAGAAUUAUACAUUAUAUUAAACCUACAACAUUGCUGUGACUUUUCUGCGGUAGGACAAUCUGUAAAGACGGAGGAUAGAUUACACUUAACUGAUAUAAUCAACUCUAAACUAUUAUACAAACCUGCUUAAUGUUUUAUUGUAUAAUUUACAUUGUAUACACACGUAAUGUUUCUUGGGGGAUGGGGUUAUAUGGGGAUUAUUUGGUUGUAAGUACUUUCAGAAACUGAAAAAUAAAGUUUAAGAACUAAGAAAGAAAGGAAACUUCUCAGCAUGUGACGUGAGCCAUUCUGGUUCUCCUUUGUCUCCCUGUUUCCUGCUAAGCUCUGGAGAAGUGGAAGCAUGUUUGCACAUGAAUCAUGGCAAGUUGUGACUAUAAUGAGCAUAGGUGCGGAAAUGAGAACAGCCAUUCCAGAGGCUUCCAGUUCUCUGGGCAGCAGAACUGGUGGAUAUCCUUGAAUUCUUCCCUGAAUUAUAAACAAUACUCGGUAAGGUUGCCUGUUUGUCAUAAUAGCAUAAUACCAAGCACACACAAAAAUAUUUUCUGGACUUCAUGGUGGAGAAACCGAAAAAGCACCUUCAACCACCUGUGCAAACAUUUUACAUCAAGAAAGGUAAAAAGAGGAAGCCUUGAUGCGAAGAGGGAAAGGAACUAUAAUGGAGCAGUGUGUGUGGAGUAUUAGGAGUCCUGGGCAAACAUUUCAUCUGUGCGGAGGAAGGAGGAUAUUAUGAUCAUGCCUGCUGGUCCAGCCCUAUCAAAAUCUCUACCACUGGUAGUGGCUGGGACAAACAAGACAAGAGUGUAAAACAAAUUCAUGGAGGAUUAGACAAAUUCAUGGAGAGCAAGACUAUCAAUGGUUAUUAGCCACAAUAGCUAUGUUCUAUGCCUGACCCACUGCCUACACUUACAGAACAAACCUUUCUAACCUGGAAUAUGUCCCAGUGAUUUCAAAGAAAUAAACAACUACCUGAUGUUUACAAGACAUCUGAAGGCAGCCCUGUUCAGGGAAGUUUUUAAUGACUGAUAUGUUAAUGUAUUUUUAAUCUUUUGUUGGAAGCCGCCCAGAAUAGGAGAGUUAAAUGGGUAACACCUUAAAGCCCUGAAUGGUUUGGGGCCCAAGUUUUUGCAGGGGCGCUUUCUCUAAUCCCUGUCAACUAAGCCUUUAAGAUCUGCUGAGGAACGUCUUGUGGUCCAGCCCAUGAGGAUGCAAACUAUUGCCUUCUCUGUGGUGGCUCCUCAAUCGUGGAAUUCCCUCCCCAUAGAGCUGUUUGUUGUCGCCCCCCCCCGACAUUUUUAGGUGCCACCUAAGUGCACUUGUUUGUCCAAGCCGUCAGGAAAGGGUGACUGUUGCUAAUCCCUACUUGCAAGGAGUUAUUGUCAUUUUGCCAUGUGUUUUUAAUGUUUUGUAAGAUUGGACGGUAUGCCAAUCACCCUGAGCUCCUUCCAAGGAAGGGCAGGGUAAAAAUAGAACAAGACAAUUAAUUAAUACUUGGUAAGACUAAUGACUCAUAAGCACUUCUCUUUUUACCUUUGCUCCUUCUUCUUAGUGUAGGGUCCAUUCUCGACUAAAGCACAGGAAUGGAUCUGCAUAGCUGCUUCUCACACGCAAACCCAGAGACCAUGUGAGAGGGACCAAAGAAUCCCACACGGUCCACUGGUAUGUGAAAUAAUUGCCUCAUCAUAAGAUCCCAGACAAUCCAGAGCAAUAUGAGAAGUGGCUAGGCUUCUGUAACUCCCAUGGCACUGGGGUAAUGUAGGAAGAGGAUUCAAGAGUUCUAGGAAAGUAGAAGUUGUAAUUCCUGUCAGGUGACAGCAAAGCGUACCAGAUUAUGAUUAAAAGAUGAGGAAAUGGGACCCAAGCCCUUAAAAGGUAUCAGACGGUCAGCUUCCUCAAGAUGAACCAGCUCCCAGCUAUUUAUUUAGAAAAAAACAAAUAUGAGCAAUCUUUAGUCCAUAACUUUAAAGACAACAUCAUAAGCUUAUUCCCAAGGGUCACCACACUCUCAUUCGAACCCAUUAUGUCAUGGGUCUUUGUAGCACCCUGCAAUUCCAGGCAAACUUUUGGGGAAAGUAAUUACUAAUAUGUUUGUGGAUUGCCCCUUAAAUUAUGUUGAUGUCAUGUUAGUACGGGACGCAGGUGGCGCUGUGGGUUAAACCACAGAGCCUAGGACUUGCCGAUCGGCCACGACUGGACCUAAUGGUCAGGGGUCCCUUUACCUUUACCUUACAUGUUAGUACAAGUUGCCCACGUGCAUGGUAGCACCAUAAGACUGCUCAGCCCAUUACGCUAAAAUCCUGCCUUCCCCACCACAACUGAACCUGAACUAGAGCAAAGGUCUAGAUCCUCGCAAGGAAUAUACUGUAAUGCAAACAGCUAGUUAGGAAGAACUCUUUCAAACGCGAGUGUAUUUCAGCUGGUUUGAACUCGAACUGCCCCUUCUUUAAUGCAAUUUAUUAUUAUUAUUAUUAUUAUUAUUAUUAUUUCAACUUAUAAACUGCCCUAUACCCAGAGGUCUCAGGGUGGUUCACAACAAGACCACAACAUAUAAAAUCAAACGCCCACCAUCCAUGUUACUUUUGAUAUUGCUAUUCUUUCAACAAUUUAUAUACCGCUCAACACUGUAGUUUCCAAUAGGAGUCAGCUCUUGAUAUGUGCAAAAAUGAAGGCUAAUUCUAAGGCUCAGAUACUACAGAAGCUUCUAGAAAGGCUGUUGCUGUUUGAGCUUAAACAUUUUUAGGGGAGAGAGGAGGAUUCUUGAGUGUCUCUUAAAAGCAAUUUAGGAAGCACCCCUUUCAUGAGUAAUUCCCAGACUAUUCCUGGGCACAUUAGGGGGAUCACAAGAGAUUAAUUAAUUAACUAACAGCUCUCCCUCAAAUUGUGUGCCUCUGUUGAGAGUGGGCGCGAUUCAAGUUCUUAAGUCAUUUUUUAUAUAUAAAGGAGCAGCAGAAUUCUUAAUCUUCAGAGGAGAGCUGCCUGCUGUGUCUCUGCAUGAAUCUCUGUAUUGGGUUUGCCACCUUUCAAUGAAGAGUCACACCUAGGGGAGAUCCAUAGCAGGGCACUGUUCUUGCUGUCUCACCGAUGAGGACAGGGAAUAGAGUCUUCUCCCAUUGUUGGUGAGGUUUCGGGGCUACCUUAAGACCUAGCAGGUGUUUACUGGGGUUAAAAUGGAAGAGUGGGUUCUCUGCUGCUGAUACUGCACUGUUUUAAUUGACUAAUUGUUUUGAUUGGUUGGUUUUUUAAUUGGUUUUGCUGUUGCUUUAAUGAAUAUUGUAAACCUCCUUGCGAUCUUGUUAUGUGAAAGGAGACAUGAAAACAGAGUAAAUAUGCAAGUGAGCAAGAAAACAAGUAAUUCAUAAACCAGGGGUGGUUAGACCACUGUCUGCAGACCAUAUUCAGAUCCACAAGAGGCAUAAAAGGAAACACUCUUGGGUGUAAAAGUGUCCGUUCGUCCCCCCCCCCCAAUUUAAUUUGGUGGGAAGUGCCUCAGCUGAAGUGAGGAGGGGACUACCUUACAUAUUCCUCUCAAAUGUCAUGAGCUGCAGGGCCACGUGACCAAGUUCCAUGUGGACUCUGACGGCAAGAGAUUGUCUCUCAGUGGGAAAAUGACUCAUGCAUUCUAUAUUAAUACUGUGCACAUGGAGUAAACAAAUUCUAAGACAAGGAGUUGAAUCCGCCCAGCCCAAAUUUAAAUAUCUUUACAACGAAUGCUGUUCCUUUCAUGCUAUGUUCACAGUGUUAUUGGGACUUUGGUAAAGACUUCUUUUGCUGUGCCAGUUGUUAUUUUGUCUAAUCUGAGCAAUUGCAAGCCACACCCAACCUGAACAAUCAUGUUCCCACGGGUGACAGAGUGAUGCUGGUUCCAGAUGAUUGGGGAUAUGAUAUGAUUAAACAAGAGGGAGAAUGCCAUAUUUAGAAUUUGUAGGCGGAAUUGCAAAGUGGUGUACUAAUAACACUAUUCCUGGUUUGUUCGUUUGUUUUAAAUUCAACGUGCAAGAUUUCUGAUUUUUCUUUUUCUUUUUACAGGCAUGUUCUUGCAGAGCAUCCAUUUGGAAUGCAAUAAAGAUGUCUGGUGUGUACAACAGGCAGAUUUGUUCCUUCAUGCAAAUAUUUAUCAUGAAGCUCAACACCAUCCCAAAUCUCCAGGAACUGGAUGAAAAGAAACUCAGCCAAGCCUAACAAUAUUGACUACCAGUGGUUGAGACCAAUGCUCUCAGUGUUAACACUGAUGUCAGACAAUGUAUUAAUAUAUAUAGAUUGUGCCACAAAACAAUUUUAUUUGCUCUUUGUAGAUUUUUAAAAAUUAUUUUAAAAAAUGGAUCUGAGGAGGGAGCACACCUAAUUUUGAUAAACUUUAAAUCUUACAGAUUCAUACUUAGAGGCAUCCACCCACCCCUCAUCUCCAUGUGGAUAUUUGUGAAAACCUAUUAAAUCCAUGCGGGUGGCGCUGUGGGUUAAACCACAGAGCCUAGGGCUUGCCGAUCAGAAGGUCGGUUGUUCAAAUCCCCACGAUGGGGUGAGCUUCCAUUGCUGGGUCCCUGCUCCUGCCAAUCUAGCAGUUUCAAAGCACAUCAAAGUGCAAGUAGAUAAAUAGGUACUGCUCCGGCGGGAAGGUAAACAGCAUUUCCGUGUGCUGCUCUGGUUCGCCAGAAGCAGCUUAGUCAUGCUGGCCACAUGACCCGGAAGCUGUACGCCAGCUGCCUCGGCCAAUAAAGUGAGAUGAGCGCCACAAUCCCAGAGUUGUCCGCGACUAGACCUAAUGGUCAGGGGUCCCUUUACCUUUUACCUAUUAAAUCCAUCAAGAAUACAAUUCCCCAAAUAAACAUUUUUAAAGAAAGGAUUUACUCCUAGGAAUGGCUAUAAAGUACCAAAUGGAGUUGAUAGAAUCAUGAUAGAGCUGCAAUAACAGUUGGGUCGUUAUUUCAUUGCUGUCUAAAAAUGAUUCUCCAUAAAUCCCAUAAGAGGCUCACCAGCUAUGAGGAAGGAACUAUGCACAUCAGAAGAACGAACGAGAUCCCAAAAGUAGCACAACAAGACAAACAGGAGUACUUAUAAUGCAAGGUCAGGAUUUUCAAAAUCCAUCAAUUAAUUUAACACCUGUGUGCCAACAACAACAAAUUACCGUGUAAUGUUAUUUUAAAACUUCCCUCUGGCACAGUUUUAAGUGAGUAGUCUGCAAAUGCUAUGGUAGCUUCUGUGUGCAAAUCCCCAUACAAGCACACCCACAGCUGUCAUAGAACAAGCAGACAGUGAAAUCAUUCAAAAAACCCAAAACAUAGCCAAUGAGAUUCACAGGAGGGGAUUUUAAUGACCUUCCCUGAGCUUGUAAUGCAACAUGUCAAACUUGCAAGGGAGAACAAUGUGUGUGAUGUGUCCUAAAUAUGUUCCCCAUUCACUAGCAACAGAAGAAACCUGGGCAUGCUCUAGGAUGCAAUCCCAGUCCACAGUGAGUGGCGGCAAGGUCCAACUGUUGCAUGUGUGAAUAGGCUACACUCUAGAACAGACUUCCCCAACCUGCUGCCCUGCAGAUGUUUUCAACUGCAGCUUCCAUCAACCUCACCUAGGGCAUCGUAGUCCAAAACAUAUGGAACCCCAGAACACAUUUAGCGGGUGUGCAGGGGGAGGAGAGGGGGAAAUUCUGUUGUACAAACCUACCGUAAGUCCUUACACUACGGUAAAUUCCCAAAUGGAUACAAGUCAAGGCUGGGAAAGGCUGCUCUGGUCUGGAACAUGGAUAGAACUGUUCUUCAAGAGCGCAAGCCUUAUCUAGCGGAUGCACAGAAACGCCUUGGCUUCUGCGCUCCCUGAAAGUCUGAAAACUACAGUGAUAUUAAAUACUCUGAGAACAGGAAUUUGAAGUACAUCCAACACCAGCAUAUACAAAGGAGGAUUUUGAGAGACAUGCUUGGAAGCAAAUCUGUUCCAACAAAGGCUCUGAACAGAGGAUUUCCUGUUAUGUUAAAUGGGGUGGUGCUACUCUAAAAACAGUCCCAAAGGUGAAUACUGUGUGAACCUAUUAAUACCACUACAUAUUCAGAGAGGGCCCACUAAUUCAUUAGAAAGCGGUAAAAAAAAAAAAGAGUACGUAGAAUGAACUAUUAAAAACAUACCACUUUAUAUUUUUAAGAAAAAAAUGUCAGCACAAUAAAACAAUUCAGAAUGAAACAUUACUGAAAAAAGUCAGAUAUAAAGUUUAGCUUCAAAGUACAUUCAUGAUAGCGGCCAUCACAAAUGGGAGCCAAACUUUUUUUAUUUCCUUUUUUCCUUCUUUUCCCUUUCCUUUCCUUUCCUUUCUUUACAUUCUGUUGUUGUUGUUGUUGUUGUUGUUGUUGUUGUUGUUGUUGUUGUUAUCUUCCUUCUCCUUCUUUCCCCCCCUCUUUCUUUGUUUUUGUUUUGGCAUCCUGGGUCACUAUUGGGAUCAUACACACAUGAAGCUGACCAACAGUUUGUGAAAGACCUUGUGUGAGAGGCAGGGAAGGGAAGAUCUCCCAGGGUGGGCGACUGGGAGAAGAAAGGGAAGAUCCCAGGUGAGAGCUGGGGGGAUCCAUCCCUUUCCGUGAGAAACAAGGGUUCAGCUCUACCUUUUAGGAAGGACUAUAUCUUUCUUUCUUUCUUUCUUUCUUUCUUUCUUUCUUUCUUUCUUUCUUUUUUCAUUUAGAUUAAUUUGUUUUUUAGUGUAUUAUGAAAAAGCUUCUUUUUUAAUUUUUAAAAAUGCUUUAUUGAUUUUAAAAACAACAAAACACAAAACAGUCAACAAAAACGAUCCAAAAUCGAUACUUAUUACUAAAAAGAAAAAGAAAAAAGAUUUGGGUUCAUACAUAACUAAUUCCAACAUGACUUCCAAUCCCCCCAUUGUGGUUCCUAAAUUACAUUUUUGACUACACACUUAACUUUAUCUCUCCUAAGUUGUUUCAGUUGUAUUGGUUUUGUAAAAUUCUCUUUUUCUUGCAGAAGUCAAUCCAGGCCUGCCAAAGAAUUUAGAUUUUUACAAUGUUCUUUUAGGUAUACUCUGUAAAUGUCCCACUUUCUAUUAAAUAUUUGGUCCAUAUCAUCUCGGAAUCUUGCUGUCAAUCUUGUUAACUCUGCAUAUUCUAACAUUUUGCUCUGCCAAUCCAAUUUAGAACUUCAAUAAAAAAUAAAUAAAUGAAAAACAAAUGGGAACCAAGCUCGACUUCCACUCAGAAGUGGCACAAGCCCCCUCCCGCUGCUAAAAUGCUGCCUGGGGGACCCAACAAUGAGAAGAAGAAAAAAAUACCUUGAGAAAAUGGUGGUGUAGCACUAUGUUCCAAGUCUCCCCAAUUUUUGGUGCUGGCUUUGGUUACCCUAAGAACCAUUUUUUUAAAAGGGUGAAUUUCAAAAGCUGAUAUCAGAUACAGUUCCCUUUGAACAAACAUGACUAAUCCACAAGCCCUUCCUUUCCUUCCUUUCUUUCUUUCUCUCUCUCUUUCCGUCCUAAUACUUCAGCUUCCUGGCUCACACCCUGCAUUUCAUGUUGUCACCGACAGUUUCAGUGAAGACAAUAGCUUCCAGCAAUGCCUAGUCAAGCCUAGUCACCUUGGUUUAAGAGGCAAUAAACGGCAAUAAAUUUUCUUCCAAGCUGCCUCUUUUCACUGCCUAUAGAUAAGCCAGGUAGAAGAGGAAGGUGGAUCUUGCUUUGUCAGAAACUGCAGGCUCAGCCGUGUUUCUGCUUCCCCCGUGUCUUAUUCCACUUAUUCCACACUUUCUGAGAGCUUUUUCUUUUGGCCUGCCACUUUCCCCUGCUGUUUACUGCUGAAUUGGCUCAAACGACAACCCGCAGAAAACCUGAUUUACCUCUGUUACGAUUCAGUGGUAAACAACGGGUUUUCCUGGGGCAAAACGACUCAGAGGAUUAUCUAGUCCAUUCCGCUUGCAAUGCAGGAAUAUGCAAAUGCCCCAAACAGGGAUUGAACCUGCAACCUUGGCAUUAUCAGCACCAUGCUCUAACCAACUGAGCUCUCCAGGCUGUACUCGCUAAACUGUCAAUCUUGCUCUUCCCACCCUGCUUCAGUCAGGAGUAUUGCCUUUUUUUAAGUGAUAAAAGUAUUGCAAGAACACUCAUAUACAUACAGUGGUACCUUGGGUUAAGUACUUAAUUCGUUCCAGAGGUCCGUUCUUAACCUGAAACUGUUCUUAACCUGAAGCACCACUUUAGCUAAUGGGGCCUCCUGCUGCUGCCGCGCCACCGGAGCUCAAUUUCUGUACUUAUUCUGAAGCAAAGUUCUUAACCUGAAGCACUAUUUCUGGGUUAGCGGAGUCUGUAACCUGAAGCGUAUGUAACCUGAGGUACCACUGUAUCUGUUGAUUCUUACUCAGGGUGAAAAUUCCUCCAGGGAUACGAAGGAAAGGUUUAUUGGAGACAUAGGGGCCAACUCCCUGGGGCACCCACAAAAUUCACCAUGAAGGGGCCGGGCACCCACAAAUUUCAGUGCCAGGGCCAUGCACGCUGCAUGGCACUCACAGCCCUGGAAACCCAUGGUUGCAAGGCCAAUCUGGCACUCCUGCUUAGGAAUACCAUGAGGUACCAGCCAAUCAGAGCUUCCCAAUCAGGUUUGCUGCUCAUAAUAUGUCACCCCACAUUUUCAACUUGCAGUAUUAAUUCCUGUAGAUGUUCACAUGCAGAAUAGCCUCAGCUGUCACCUGACAACUUGAUCACAAGAUCAGGCAGUGGAAUACCCCACUCCCUUUCAAUCCCAUGGCUAAAAGCAAAAGAAAAACCUAUGGCAUCCAUUCAAGUCUUAUUAAUAUUCCCCCCCCCCCCAAGUUAAACAGAAUCCUGAAUGCAUUGUUUCGUAGUCAAAGCUGCUUUCUGUUUUUCACCCAACAAACCAAUCCCAUCUUUUGUAAGUCAAGCAAACGAAACACCCAACCCUAACCUUUCGGGAAUCUGCCAUUUCAACAAGAAUGAUUUUUUUCUAACUGUUUUCAGCUUUCAGACCGCUUUUUCUAAAAGCCUAUUCAUGUUAUUCACAUCUGCGUCAUCAUGCAUGAGCUUAAAGACACAGUCUUUCUCUGUGUGUACAAAGGCAGGGAAGGUACAACUGGGUGUGGCUUUUAGCAAAUGUUCACGCCAUGAUUUAUGUGCAGAAGACCAUCUACAUGCAGGUUGCGCACAGCUCCUUGCAUGGAAGUGCUUUCUACGCAGGAAAUAUGUGAUUUGUAAACCAAGUGGAACUCAUCGAGACUUUAGGAGAAUCACCCAAAAACGACAAGAAUUAUAUUUGAGAAUAGACUGAUGUGUUGGCAAUCUGAAGACUGGACUAUACUCUCUGUGGGUCUUCCCUUGGGAUCGGUCUGGAAACUACAGUUGGUUCAGAAUGCUGUGGCGAGGUUGCUGGAUGGUGCACCUAGAUGCACACAUAUUACAUAAAGGCUGAGGGAACUGCACUGGCUACCAAACAGUCAUCAGGCCAAGGUUCGCGGUCUUGUGGUUAACAACUUGGGACCAGGUUACCUGAAAGACCACCAGGCCCUGUAAGAUCACUUAGAUCAGGGGGAUAUUUCUGCUCAUGGCAACACACCCUACAGAAUAUCAGAGUGGUGACUCCAAAAAAGGCAUUUUCUGCUGUUACCCUUGCACUGUGAAAUGCCCUCUCCUUAGAAGCAGCACCCAUCAGCUGCUUCUUGGAAAAAGUUAUCUUUUUGUCCAGGCUUUACCUGACCCAUCCAUACAAUUGGGCCUUGUCUGAUGUGUACAAAUCCCCCAAACCUCUCUCUCUCUCUCUCGCUUUUUAAUAUUUUUUAAAAUAUUGCUUUCUUGGUUUUAGGUUGUAUUUUUGUUUUAUUGGUGCUGGGUCCCCAACACUGCCUUGUAUUGAUGUUGUUAACUUGCGGCAUUAUCCAUUGCUUACCACGCCUCAGAGUGACUUACAAUUAUACAAAUAUACAUGACACAAAAUGUAAUAUACAUCCAAAAAAAUAAAAGAAUGCCAAUUGCCUAAAAGUGUGCAGGCUGCAAUAAAGUAAAAUGGACAAAUUCUACUCCCACCCACCCACCCAACCCUAGUAAAAGAUGAACACAGAUACAGGCUAGAGUUUCAUCAUCCCCUAUGACCCCAAUGAAGACUCAAAUAUCUGGGUAACCAGGAAAGCCUUUGAGAAAGAAACUUUUUAGAGAGAAACUGGGGGGUGGGGAUGAUGGGGAGGAAGGGCCUUUGGCUGAGAAGCGGUAUAAAACCUAACAAAUAAAAUUUGUGAUUUUGCUGGAAAGAAAGGACUAUGCAUUCCUAUUAUUUACAAACCUUUCACAUUUCCUUUCGUGGGAUGCACUCAUUCUCUUCCUGGAAAGCUGGUCUUCCCAUCAACAGCCUCUUUUACCACAUCAAAAUGUGAUAUCAGCCUCAUGGGUCUGACUAAACAGAUCUGGAAACCUCAUUAAAAAAAUCUCCAUCCCAUUUCAAGGAAGCCUGAAAAAAAGAUGUCAAAGCUCCCAGAGCCACAAAGGCAAAUAAUAAACAUUCAAACAAUGUACAUGGGAUAUGAUGAAUUUUGCACAAAGGAGCCUUGUCAGGGUUCCCAACAAGAUAGGACUGUCCCCGUGGAAAUAUGCACCAAGGAUCUCAUUAGAUCUUGAAGGAACUGUGUGCAGGCAGGUGAGAGGCAGGGCUUGCUACUGCCUUCUCCCUCCUCCUCAGGGAUAUUAGGUUGUAGAUGUGAAAAUCCUGAACUGAAUAUUCGAAAAGCCCUAUUAUCCCAUUUACAGCCAAUGGGCUAUAACCAUCACCCUUGAACAUGCCCAUGCCAUUACUGUGAAGGGAGAGGAUAGCCUUGCUAUCAUUGGAAGUUUAAUGAAAACAAGCAAGGCUGCAUCAAAUCAUCUCACAUUUGAAAAUUAUAGCAAGGGAACACUCGACCUCUUUAGAAAUUCAAGAAUGAAACAGACACUUAACAUUCUCCAAGUGGCAUACAGAAUGGAGGCGUGAUAGGAAACCUUUUGUCCCUUUCUGUCUGUGGAUGGAGAGGCACCAGUCAACAGGUACCCAUGAAAUUUGUUCUGUGCAACCACAGUCUCUACAGCACUCAGAACAAAGGUUUUUUAUUCCUACAAUGGCUAAUUAUAUUUUGAGCACUGGAAAAGGCUGUUUCUUCACAGCAGUUCUUCAGGUUAUGUGAAAUACCCACAACAACCAGGGCAGGGAGAAGCAAAUCCAGCCUCCAACAAGUGAUUGGAUGUAGAAAUCUUUAGGUAAAGGUAAAGGGACCCCUUACCAUUAAGGUCCAGUCGCGAACAACUCUGGGGUUGCGGCGCUCAUUUCGCUUUACUGUCUGAGGGAGCCGGCAUUUAUCCGCAAACAGCAUCCGGGUCAUGUGGCCAGCAUGACUAAGCCGCUUCUGGUGAACCAGAGCAGUGCACGGAAACGCCGUUUACCUUCCUGCCAGAGAGGUACCUAUUUAUCUACUUGCACUUUUUGGCGUGCUAUCGAACGGCUAGGUUGGCAGGAGCAGGGACCGAACAACAGAAGCUCACCCUGUUGCAGGGAUUCGAACCGCCGACCUUCUGAUCGGCAAGCCCUUGGCUCUGUGGUUUAGACCACAGUGCCACCCGCAUCCCAGAGAAAUCUUUAGAAGCAGGUAAAAAAAACUAAGAGUGGCACUAAUAGUUUCAUUAAGUGCCUCUAAGGAUAAAAUACAAAUGUUGGUUAGGGUUACAGUCACAAGUGCAUUUGCAUGGGAUAAUAGCCCCUGUUCAGCUCAGGGCAGAGUGUGCAUGUGGACUUAUCUUCCAGGGAGACUAGCCCUCUCAACAGCAUCCAAAGGAAAAUAAAAAUAUUUUUUUGUAUAUCAGCUAUUGCUUCCUCCUCUUCCUUUCUUUGAGUCACUGACCAAGCCCUUCCUCAAUUUUUCCUCCCUGACUGAGCUGUUCGUAUCCUCUCCACCCUUCCUUUGUGACCACAAGGGGAUUCCGCCCCCCCAAUCUCAAACUGGAGGACGGCACGGGGGGAAAACCUAAACAAAGUGAGAAAGGAUGCCGUUGGGACCAGGGUGCUAUACGCACAGUAAAAUAGUUUGUCAGAGAUCGUGGGAUGUGCUCAAGCAGGCUGGGUAAAAGGGAUGGCAUUUUCAGCAAGGGAUUUGCCCUCUGGUUAUCUGAUAUAAGGUUUUCUCAGUAUUAGGUGUAAGGGAAAGCAUAUCUUCCCUGCCUACUGUAGGGAAGGGAGGCACUUUAGGGCCCCCCAAGUUAUUAAGUAGGGGGCUGGGACCCCUCAAUUUUGAGCGGUAACAUCGCACAUGAUGUCAGCAUUUCGCACUACAUCCCUGAGCAGCAACAUCGCACAUGACGUCACCACGAGCCACUUCAGCACAUUGUGCAAUGUUGUGACAUCAGCGAGUCAACCCCGGAACUGGUUCUCAAUGCCACAGUGCGAUUCCUGGCAUGAAAUAAGAAUAAAUUGAAUGUAUGUAAUAAGAAUAAAGGGAAGCAUCUCUGCUCAAGUGCAAAAUGCAUGUCUCUCGUAAUUAUCUAACAUCCCCACAAGGGCUUUGAAAUAUACUCAAAGUCGAGAGUGGAUUUCAUGCUCUUUAUUCAGCUCAUAGUGGUGAGGAGGAAUGAAUGUCCCCCUAAAGUAUCUGCUUUAUAUACAUUAUUUACACAAUGGGCUGCACGUGAUUGGCUAAUUCCGGAAUUCUCCUGUAGGCCAAUCAGGUUGUGGAUUCACUUCCACCUGGAGCUGGAUUGGGUGGCUCCUGUGGACCAAUCAGACUGCUGCAUUCUGAAUCCUAUUGUUUUAGGACCAAUCAGACUGCUGCAUUUUGAAUCCUAUUGUUCUAGGACCAAUCAGACUGCUGCAUUUUGGAUCCUAUUCAACUCAGUACAUAACAGGCUUCUUGAUCAGAGACCUUUUGCUUCCAGACCCGCUUGAAUAAUCUCAGCACUUCUUCCUCUAGCGCUGGAUUUUUUUGUGCUGCUGUCAGUAUGGUUGGGCAUCGAAGCAAACCACUGCAGGUUACAAACAGGAUGACACGCCACCCCCAACUUGUUGCGUUCGCAGUGUCCGCUAGAGCUAAGCCUUUGCAUUCCAACACAUCAGGAGUGGCCAGUCAAAAGCAAACAGCAAAAUGGUUGCUAGGCCUCAGGGCAGGAAAGUAUCUUGCUGUUCAUUCAGUCCAUUGCACCUGAGAGGGUGGAGAGACAGGUGAGCUCUCUCAGCUGCCAGGUGCUGACAUCCUCAGACCGUCAGCUCUGGACCACUCCCAUUCACCCCAGAGAUGUUCCACAGCUGGAUUUUUAAGGACCUGCCCCAAACCCUCUGCACAUCCGCACAUAAAUGUGUUGUAAACACCCUGGUGUGGCUCCCCUUGGUUACAUAUACAGCCCAAUAAGACAACAACCUAACCCCCACUCCCCACCCCAGUAUAGCUCAGUUGGAGCAUGGUGCUAAGAACACCAAGGUCGCAGGUUUGAUCCCCAUAUGGGACGGCUGCCUAUUCCUGCAUUGCACUAGAUGAUUCUCAAGGUCCCUUCCAACACUAUGAUUCUAUGCUAUGGUUAAUUUGACCCAACAACCCCCACUCUAUCAGAUGCCCGAACAAAACUCAUUGCGGUCAACUGAAUGCAACCAACCAUGCCUUGGGCUCUCCAGCCUCUUGCACCACCAACAAAAACAAACAAAUAAUAACCUAUCCACGCAACGCUGACACAAAAACUCAGCACAUCUGCUAUGCAAAGAUCAUUAUCCCCUCUUCUUUCUCCCCACAACCUCACAAUGCCUGUGGCAGUAGCAUCUCACACCGAAUGCAACUGACCUGUGGAAAAUUUGUUAAAGAUUGGAAACCGCUCAGAUUUUUUUGUGCAAAGAUGAAAACGAAAUAAUGAUAUCUGGAUUUGAGGACUGAAGAUAAUGUUGUUUUUUUAUAGAAAGUGGCUUUUUUGGGUGUUAUAUUAUGGAUUGAAGAAAGUGAAUAUUGUUUUUAUAUAGCAGACAGAUGAAGAAUCAGAAGUUCUUUGCUUUCCGAAUCUUAUUUUUCUGCCUCUCUCUUUUAACCUCUUUAAUAUUCUUUUUAAAAAUUUCUUUCUUGUUCUUUAUCUAUUCCCCCACCUCCUUUUGUGCUUUUAUUGUAUCUAGAUAAAAAAACUUGGUUUGGUUUAAAAAAAAAAAUCAGGAAAAGAUAUUAAGGUUUAUAAACCUUAAUAAAAAAAUUUAAAAAAGAGAGAAAGGAACACUUACCUGGCAGGGGAGACACCUUGAUCAUGAAGGAGGUUUUCCCAGGGUGAGGCUCAUCCAUUGCUGACCCCUGCGAUUUCCCCAAAUGCGGGAAACUCGACUGCAUAAUUUGUGGUAGUGGGGAGGGAAAGAGAGAGAGAGAGAGAGAGAAAGGACUCUAUGAAUUGAAAACAGAGGUAUUAUAUGUACCUUUGUUAUCCAUGAUAAUUUUUCAAUAAAGACAAAUAGAAAGAAAGAAAGAAAGAAAGAAAGAAAGAAAGAAAGAAAGAAAGGGGUUUCGAAUUUGGCCAGCUUGUGCAUAAAUAGCCAGAGCCUUGACCAAGAAUGCUGGUGUCUCUCAAUACAGUGGUACCUCGGGUUACAUACGCUUCAGGUUACAGACUCCGCUAACCCAGAAAUAGUGCUUCAGGUUAAGAACUUUGCUUCAGGAUGAGAACAGAAAUCGUACUCUGGCGGCACGGCGGCAGCAGGAGGCCCCAUUAGCUAAAGUGGUGCUUCAGGUUAAGAACAGUUUCAGGUUAAGUACGGACCUCCGGAACGAAUUAAGUACUAAACCCGAGGUACCACUGUAACCAUUCACGGCUUCCUGAACGGGGCUGCUCCAUUUGCCUAGCAGAUCAGUGCAUUUUGAGCAGGGCCUUUUUUUCCUAGAGAAGAAGGUGCCGGAACGCACCUCCCUCAGAAGACCUGCCCCAGAGCCCUGGGGGAGGGGCGGUCUCCUCACCAGCCAGAGGCUCGUUGAGGUUGCUCGGCUGAGGAGAAAGGAGCCAUCUUCGCCUCAGCUGAGCGGCUUAAUGAGCCCCACCCUCCGCACCUGCCCGUCUCACGUGAGCCGGAGCAGCAUGGGGGACUCGCUUGGCCGAGAGCGGAGAGGCUUCUGCACCUGGCUGAGCAGUUAAUGAGCCCCCGCCCCUCGUCAGCUCAUGAGUAGCAGCAGCGCAAGGCUUCAUUGCCUCAGCUGAGCAGCCUAAUGAAGGCCCUACCCCCACAUCUCUCCGAUUCGUGGGGAAGGGGGCUUGCUCAGCUGAGGCAAGGCUUUCCCGGGCACCAGCUGUUAGCUGGGGGCCCGAAAAGCCUCAGCAAAGUCCCGCUGCACCUCCGGCUCAUUACUUACCACACUUUUCUGUGUAUAAGAUGCAGGGUUUUUUUAUUUACCGUAUUUUUCCCUCUAUAAGACACACUUUUUCCCCUUCAAUUUUUUUUAAAAAUAUUUUUUAAGUUUUCCAUUUAACAAUCCAAUCAUAUCACAUUAAUUAUUCCAAAUUAUACCAAUACAUAUCAUAAAGUCCAAAUAUUUUGCCAAAUUAUAUAUUUUUGUUGGGGGUUCCCAUGCUUCGAGUUCAGUAAGGGUCCAAUCAUCUCAUAUUUCUGCUGCUUUUAGUAUCCACCAAUCCCAUCUUUCAAUCUUCUUGUUUCCCCUUCAAAAAUUAAGGGGUAAUGUGUGUGCAUCUUAUGGAGUGAAUACAGGCUCCUUGGCUUCAGCAAUAGCAAGGCGAAGCCUCCGAGCGCAGAGGGAGAGCUCCCCCCGCGCUCCGGAGGCUUCGCAUUGCUUUCGCUGAAGCCGCCUGAAGCCCCCGGAGUGCAGCGGGAACUCCGGUUCAGCACGAGUUCCCGCUGCGCUCCGAAGGCUUGCGGAUAGCCACCUGAAGCCUGGAGAGCGAGAGGGGUCGGUGAACACCAAUCCCUCUUGCUCUCCAGGCUUCGCUUUGCUGGAGAGGCGCUGCACAGUUUUCCCUUUCUGCGCAGCACCCCUUCAGCGAAGCGGGAGGAGAAAUGGAAGGGGCUCCGUUUCUCCUGCCGCUUCGCUAAAGGGGCGCUGAGCAGAGAGGGGGAGAAUUCCCUCUCCCCUGUUCUCCCUCUCCUAUGGUCCAGUGCAUCCUAUAGAGCGAAAAAUACGGUAAAUAUUAUGUUAAAAAUUAGGGGUUGUCUUAUACACGGAUAAUUCAUUGGGGGGACGUGGGAUUGGUUGCUGCCGCGAGGCGGAGAUUGUCAGCGGCUACUGGGCGUGCUAUUGGUGGCCGCGGCAAGGGCUGGUGUUGAUUGGCUGCUGCUGUGGCAAUUGGGCGGGCGAUUGGCAGCUUCUGCCGGUGAGUGGACAGGCGAUAGGCGGCUUUUGCGGUGCAUGCGAGUGGCAGCAUAGGUCAGGCGGGUGAGCGGUUUUCGGCAAUCCCUCCUAAAAAAAGGGUGACACCCCCAAGAAAAGCUCAGCAACUCUGGGCAAUAUUUUCUUAAUUUGGAGUCCCCCAAAAUAGGGGGCAUCUUAUACAUGGGGCCAUGUUAUACACGGAAAAAUACGGUACUUACUUACUUACUGAGUUUAUAUACCGCCCUAUACCCGGAGAUCUCAGGGCAGUUCACAGAAAAGAUCACGACAUAUAUAAUCAGAAUAAAAACAACAACCCAAUAACACCACCCUGCACAGAAAAGAGCCACAUUUUAAAAGGGUAUAGGAUGUCAAACAGAUCAACCAAAAAAUUGUCCAGUAGCACAUGAAAGCUUAUACCAAGAACAAACUUAGUUGGUCUCUAAGGUGCUACUGGACACUUCUUUAUUUUUUAAUAUAUUUCGACUGUGUGUGUCAGACCAACACCUACCUGAAUCUAGAUCAACCAAAGGCCUGGCUACAAAGGGACGUUUUUUGCCUGGUGCCUAAAGGUGUGGAAUGAAGGCGCCAGGCAAACUUCCCUAGAGAGAGCAUUCAGCAGACGGGGAGCCACUGCAGAGAAGGCCUGUUCUCAUGUUGCCACCUCGAGGAGGGCGUCAGAAGAUGAUCUCAGGGUCUGGGUAGAUUCAUAUGGAAAGAGGCUACCCUUGAGCUAUUGCAGUCCUGAGACCCUCUCCAGAGCCCGUAGAGGGUGUCCUCGUGAGCUGGAGACGCUGCGGGGCUUUGCUGAGGCUGGUCAGGUCUCCCCCUGCCCCAUCUCCGGGGCCCAGCUGAGAAAUGCCGGAACACUGUUCUGGCACGUUCCAGCUGAAAAAACAACCCCUGUGCGUGAGAUAGAUGCCCCUUUUCAGUUGGAAAGCAGAGGAAGGAGCCCCGCUCCUAUGGAUGAUAUGGUUGUACUGAGCAGUGGCAGGACUUUGUGGCAGAAGACCAGGGCUCCGCUCAGCAGAAUGAGCAGAAGUUCUACCACCCCACAUGAAGCAGGGCUUGCUUGUUCCAUUUUGGAGUGAUGCCCUUUGCCAUCUUAAGUCACACAAGGGCCUGAAAGACCAUUAAGUCCUGAGUCUAAAAUGAAUGAAUGGCACUGCCAAUACACCCGGCAGCGAGGGAGCAAAACUGCAGCAGCAGACCCUGUCUCCAGCUUCUAGGUAUUCCUUAUGGCACCGUCUGCACAAUGCCUUUAAAGCAUAAUCAUGCCACAUGGCUUCCCAGGAUUCUGGGAACUCUAGCUGCUAAGGAUGCUAAGAGUCGCCAGGAGUUGCCAGGAGACACCCUAUUCCCCUCAGAGAGCUACAAUUCCCACAGUUCCCUGGGAAAAUGGGUCUAUUGUUAAAACCACUCUCAGAAGUGUAAUUUUGUGAGGGGAAUAGGAGUCUCCUAAUAACUCUUGUGAGCUGGACCAUAAAGAAGGCUGAUCACUGAAGAAUUGAUGCUUUUGAAUUAUGGUGCUGGAGGAGACUCUUGAGAGUCCCAUGGACUGCAAGAAGAUCAAACCUAUCCAUUCUGAAGGAAAUCAGCCCUGGAAGGACAGAUCGUGAAGCUGAGGCUCCAAUACUUUGGCCACCUCAUGAGAAGAGAAGACUCCCUGGAAAAGACUCUGAUGUUGGGAAAGAUGGCGGGCACAAGGAGAAGGGGACGACAGAGGACGAGAUGGUUGGACAGUGUUCUCGAAGCUACCAGCGUGAGUUUGACCAAACUGCGGGAGGCAGUGGAAGACAGGAGUGCCUGGCGUGCUCUGGUCCAUGGGGUCACGAAGAGUCGGACACAACUAAACGACUAAACAACAACAACAACAACAACAACUCUUGUCACCCAUAGUAAAGAACUAGUUCCCAGCAACCUUAGAAAACCACAGUUCCCUGCAGUCUCCAUAAUUACUUAAGUGUUAUGAGUCCUUCCAGUGUAGACUUGACCACGGACUCACACAGUUUGCAUAUGACUGCUGGUUUCUUUGUCAUGGGACUGUAUGUUUUUACCCCCGUCCCCACUUCUUCUUUCCAUCUGAGCCAGAAGCAGCAUUCUGGGGUUAUUAACAAACAGGAAUAAGGUGAACUGAAACUUCAUCGGGAAACAUCAGCACAUUACAUAAGGUUUCAGCUGCCCGUCUCCCCUUUGCAAAAUAACGUGGCCGUUCAGUUAUGCCAGCUCCCUUUGGGAAUUCCAGCUGAAGCAAAGGUUCAGCGUUUACCAAUGCUGUGCUUUGGAAUUUGCUAUGUAGGUUUUCUCUUUCUGAGCAAUGCACUGGAAGGAACUGCUGAGUCAGCUGCAGCAUGGUGUUUUAGAGAUUUUAGAGGUCUCCACCACACAGGAGGUUUUUUUAAUUUGUUGUUGUUGUUUAGUCGUUUAGUCGUGUCCGACUCUUCAUGACCCCAUGGACCAGAGCACGCCAGGCACUCCUGUCUUCCACUGCCUCCCGCAGUUUGGUCAAACUCAUGUUUGUAGCUUCGAGAACACUGUCCAACCAUCUCCUCCUCUGUCUUCUCUUCUCAUGAGGUGGCCAAAGUAUUGGAGCCUCAGCUUCAUCAUCUGUCCUUCCAGUGAGCACUCAGGGCUGAUUUCUUUAAGAAUGGAGAGGUUUGUUCUUCUUGCAGUCCAUGGGACUCUCAAGAGUCUCCUCCAGCACCAUAAUUCAAAAGCAUCAAUUCUUCGGCGAUCAGCCUUCUUUAUGGUCACUUCCAUACAUCACUAUUUAAAUUUUUUUAUUUAGUGAUAAAAGAUUGCUGUAUCCAAAUUCCCAAUCAUGUUUGCUUUCAAGAGAACCAUCUGUGGAAUCAGAGAUAAUACACAGGGCCUGGUCCAGCCAAACUCAAACUCAAAAUCAGUCGCCGAUUUAAAUGGUUUUGAUGUCUUGUUAAUUUAAAAAGGUUAAGUAUGGGCUUAAUUUCUCCGUUUUAAAUGAGCAGAAUUUAAAAGAGCUUGUAUGUGGCUGGAUGGUGCCCAGUUUUAAAGAAACAAUCAGAGGCGACCUAUGCUGAUGAGGCAUGAGAUCAGCAUUCAAGUAUUCCGAAGUCAUUUUCACUUGAGAUUAAUCGUAAUGAUUCACAUUUGUUUCAUCAGAGGCCUUACCUCCAGGUGUGUUUACCAAAUGAGGAGCAGCGGGCAUCUAUUAGGAGCGGGAACAUCUUGGCAGUGGCACCAAAGACGUGGAAUGCCCUCCCUGAGGGAGGAACCAGUCACAGACACAAUGCAGUUUUAGAUGGCAGCCAAAAAAGAAAGAAAAAAGGCUCUUUUGUUAAGCAUUUAAGCUAACUUAAUUGCUAUGGUAUUAAGGUUCACUCUUUGCUGCUUCUAGUUUUUGGCAUCCUUAUCAUCGUUUCGUUAUUGAAAUGUUUCUUGCAGUAUUCAAUGCAAAUGUAGAUCACGAAUAAGAGAAAACCAAUGUAUAUUAUCAACAAACCCCAUAUAACAUGUUAAAACUUUAUUGGGGUGCAAAUAGUCUGCAAAACCCCGAUAUGCUUUGUAAAAAAAAAAAAAGUGAAAUGUUUGGUGUUGGAUAAGAUAAAUAAUCUUCACAGUAGCUCAUGGCGUCUUCCCCCUUCUUCCCCCACCUCUAAAUUUCAAAAGGUUGCGUAACACACAGCUUGUGGGGAGGGGGGGAACAGCAUCUUGUAUGGUCAAUUGGUCUUUAAUGGCUGGCACUGAGUUCUCCUUGUGUUCUUAAUGGCCUCGCUAUCAGCUAUUUCCUGAACAGGAGAACUGGUUCAACCUGUAUUUUUCACUGGCAUGGCAUCUUCCCUUCAUAAUAAUAAUUUAAAAAACCAGCUAAAUUCUAAAGCUUUAUUAAUUUCUAACAUUCACUAACUCUAGCAGUUAUGGGUGCCCUGGCACCCACAAACUCUGUUACCCCAAAUCUGUAACAUUAUUAUUAUUAUUAUUAUUAUAAUUAUUAUUAAAAUACCGUAUUUUUCGCUCUAUAAGACACACUUUCUCCCUCCUAAAAAGUAAGGGGAAAUGUGUGUGCGUCUUACAGAGCGAAUGCAGGCAGGAGGCUCUGCUCAGCGCUCCCUUUAAAGAGCCACGUGGAGCGUGUGUGUGGCUCUUGGGGGCUUUUCCCCGAGGAGGGAGAAGGGCUGCCCUUCUCCCUCCUCGGGGAAAAGCUCCCAAGAGCCGUACACACGCUCCACACGCUCUUUAAAGGGAGCACGGCUCUUGGGGUAGCCUUCCUACUGUUGCCCGGAAGAGGCUGUGCGUGGCUAUCCCAUAAGCCAGGACAGCAAGCGGGAUCGCCAGGCAGGGAUCCCGCUUGCUGUCCUAGCUUCUGCCCUAGCCGCAUGCAGCCUCUUCCGGGCAGGGGGAGCCUUCAUCCCCCUGCCCGGGAGAGGCUGCACGCGGCUAUCCCAGAAGCCAGAUCCCUCUUGCUGUUCUGGCUUCUAGGAUUCAGAAUAUUUUUUUUUCUUGUUUUCCUCCUCCAAAAACUAGGCGCGUCUUGUGGUCUAGAACGAAAAAUACGGUAUUUUUUAUUAAAUAUUUCUUAGUUCACAAAAAUAUGUGUGUUGCCUCUUUUUUUCAACUUGUGUUUUUCUACAGAUCCGUUUCAUUUGUUCUGCAUACAGUAUUAGGUUGGGAAGAAAAGAGGGGGAAAGGGGAAAGGGGAAUGGUGAGUGGGGUGGGGUCCCAAUGCUUCUAUUCUUCUACUUAGUGUAUGUGUGGGGUUUUGUGUCAGCGUCACUUGUGAAGGUUCUCUUUCUAUUCAUAGAAUCAUAGAAUCAUAGAGUUGGAAGAGACCACAAGGGCCAUCGAGUCCAACCCCCUGCCAAGCUUGUUAUAUUUCCUUGGUAGUGAGGGAGGUUGGGGGUGGCCUAGGCUAGGGUGUGGUUGCUUGUCUUUGGUUUGGAGAUUAAAAGAAAUGUGACAGUGAUUUAGUUUACGGACUCUUUCUUCAGAAACUGGGGUGUUGCAUUUAUGAAGCCGGAUCUCUCUUCCAAGCACAGAUCUUUCUUUAAAAAAGAUUGUCUCAGAUUAGAAGACAAACUACACAGUGGACACCAAAGGAGAAAAUGUUAAUUUUUAAAUAAUAUUAGCUCUGGCCUGUAGUGACUCUUGAAGGGCCGGUCUACCAUUGCUUUCAGUGAAAUGCUGUUUUCUGAAUAAGAUAUUCAAGGCAAUUAUAUAUACCUAGAUGCUUAAUUUGGGACGAGAAACAGGUGAAAGGCCACUGUUGGAGGUUCUGCCUGACAAAUUUUCAGGUUUAGACCAGUAGUUACACAGCAGAAACAUUCAGUUUACUCAAACCAUAACUUCCCUGCCAAGUCUCUAGGACAAACCAGGGCUUAUCUUUCAGUUGCUGUCGAAAGUAACGCUUGCAGGGCUUUGAUCCAAGGAGAGAUCCGUUGCCAAAUAAAUAGCUGAGCAAAGAGCUUGAAGUAACAGAAUUUAUGUACAAAGUGAUAGGUGCCAUUCGUUCCGAUCCACAAGCACAUCUUGCCUCCCAUGCCAGAUUCUUUAAGAGGCUGCUGUUAUUUGGAUCAUUAAAAAGGGUUAAGGUUCCUCUGAUUUAAUCCAGCUCCCUCCCCCCCCCUCUCUCUCUCUCCAUCCUGGAGUACUGAAUUACUAUGAAGGCAAUGGAAGCAGUUAGCGUGGGGAGGCACAGGUCACUGACUGAAUCAUCAAGAACCACUUCCUUCAGCUGCUGGGUUUCUUUGUUUAGCUCCCAUCUUCCUGCUUGAUACACCUGAAAUUGGAGGAGAGGAGAGUCUGGGGUGAGAUAAGACUGCAGCAGGCACAAAGAAUGUAUGCUAAGCAGCACAUCCUUCACACAGGAAGUGGGAGUUCUCCCAUUCCGGGGGAAGCAUUACUCAAUUGCCAUCAAUCUCAGUGUGAGCUCACUGUACAAUGCUAAUACAGCCACUUUCUUCCUGAUAGGGGGGCUUAUGCGACAUAGUCUUUGCUGAGCAGAUAACCCACCUUUCUUCCAAGGAAUUCGAAGUGGUGUACAUCAUUCCCCUCCUGCCCUCAAUCGUAUCCUCACAACAACCCUAUGAAGUAGGCUUGGCUGAGAUGAUGCAAAUGGUCCAAGGUCCCCCAGGGAGCUUCGUGGCUGAGUGAGGAUUUGAAGCCAGGUUUUGCCCAGGUCCUAGUCCAGGAGUCCUAACUCCACCAUACCAGACCUUCCAAGUGCCCCUAUUUUCCAGGGACGUUCCAGAUUUACAGAAGCCAUCCCAGUUUCUUAUUUGAUCCCAGAAUGCCCUGCUUUUCCUUAGGUUGUCUCCAUUUUCACUGGAGAAAUGUUGGAGGGUAUGGAGUUGUGCUACAACUCCCUGACCGUUGGCCAUGCUGGCUGGAGCUGAUGGGAGCUGGAGAGGGGACCAGAAAUUCCCAAACGCCUCACCUAGGCAGUUCGUCGCUAGGGAUAAAUGUGCAACUAUUCAGAAAACAAAUAAAUCCCGCGAAUUAUCUGAAGAAUAGGCAGCUCAUGCACCCUUGGAGAUGGCCCAAAUAAUUUUGUAACCUUAGCUCAAUGGGGUGUUAGGGGAGGGGUAUUACCUCUCGUGGAGGACACAUUGUGCUCCUUCUGGGAUAGUUUGUCCAAACUUUGGAUGGUGUCUUGUAUGCCUCAUUCCAGCAACUCCUGCAGCCAAACUGGUGACAAACACUGUUCUGCUUUCCUUUGGACCACAUCAGUGAGGCAGAGAGAGGGUGCUUGGCAUCUGGGCAGCCCAGGAAAUCCAAACAGGAUUGUCCGGGAUUGUGCCCCAGGAGGUCACUUCGGUGCUUUUAACACAGUGGUUUGACUUCACCCCUGGAGGCAGACUCCAUUGUCCCAUGAGAUAAAUGGAUGUGAACAACAAAAAAAGCUCAGUGGUUCACAAACUUUUUUCCCAGAAUAAAAAUUUGCUCAUGCCACACAUUUUUUUUUAAUUGAUAAGAAACAGCUCCUAGCCGUGCUUGAUUUAUAACAUAGAAAUUAUAAUAUAAUAAUGGAUAUCCAGAAAGUAUAAAACAAUUCAGCUGCAUAAUGACGUGAAUCAUUCCCAAAAUAUAAUUAUAAAUGAGCCUCUUACACAUGUACUUUAGUAUGCAUACAAAUUCAAUGAAAGGUGUGAGCUUGCUUUUGCUGGGUAAUCUCAUUUAUUUGAUUUGAGACAAACUCAUCUCCUCACCAACCCAAAGAAGCCUUUCUCUUUUCUGAUCUCACAUUUGUCAGAGUUGACAAUCCCUGUUCACAACAGGAUGUCAUGGACUACUGAAGAAAAAUAGCCAAUGCUUUUGAAGAAAGGUGUGGAUAAAAAGUUAAAGGUAAAGGACCCCUGGCAGUUAAGUCCAGUCGCAGACGACUCUGGGGUUGCGGCGCUCACCGCGCUUUACAGGCCGAGGGAGCUGGCGUUUGUCCACAGACAGUUUUUCCGAGUCAUGUGGCCAGCAUGACUAAGCUGCUUUUGGUGAAACCAGAGCAGCGCAUGGAAACACCAUUUACCUUCCUGCCGGAGUGGUACCUAUUUAUCUGCUUGCACUUUUGGGCGUGCUUUCAAACUGCUAGGUUGGCAGGAGCUGGGACAGAUUAACGGGAGCUCACCCCAUUGUGGGGAUUCGAACCACCGACCUUCUGAUUGGCAAGCCCCAGAGGCUCAGUGGUUUAGACCACAGCACCACCCGCGUCCCUUGGCUGUAUAUAUAUAUAUAUAUAAAUUUGAUACUAUGCUAUGCUAUACUACACUUAAAUGCUUCCGUGUUUCUUUGAUUGCCCUUUAAUCUUCUGGCAACGCUUGCCACCCUCUCCUGCCACACCUUACAAGAACCAAUGCCUUAACUAGAGCAGCAAUUGAUGCCCCCAUAUUACCCAAGAGCCAGUUGCUUUAUUUUGGCAUCUGAGACCGAUUCCAUUUCUCAUCCUUCCUAAGAGGAACAAUACAAUAAUAAACUAAAUAGCUAACAAUUUGCUGUCCUUUUACGAUGCUGAAAAUUAGCCGUCUGAGGGCAACCGUUUCACAUUUUGACUUGAGAACUGUUUAGUCAAAUCUACCUGCCACCGAGUGAUAGCAGUCACGAAAUUAAAAGACGCCUACUUCUUGGGAGAAAAGCGAUGGCAAACCUAGACAGCAUCUUAAAAAGCAAAGACAUCACCUUGCCAACAAAGGUCCGUAUAGUUAAAGCUAUGGUUUUCCCAGUAGUGAUGCAUGGAAGUGAAAGCAUAAUGAAGGCUGAUCGCCAAAGAAUAGAUGCUUUUGAAUUAUGGUGCUGGAGGAGACUCUUGAGAGUCCCAUGGACUGCAAGAAGAUCAAACCUAUCCAUUCUGAAAGAAAUCAGCCCUGAGCGCUCACUGCAAGGACAGAUCCUGAAGCUGAGACUCCAAUACUUUGGCCACUUCAUGAGAAGAGAAGACUCCCUGGAAAAGACCUGAUGUUGGGAAAGAUGGAGGGCACAAGGAGAAGGGGAUGACAGAGGACGAGAUGGUUGGACAGUGUUCUCGAAGCUACCAGCAUGAGUUUGACCAAACUGCGGGAGGCAGUGGAAGACAGGAGUGCCUGGCGUGCUCUGGUCCAUGGGGUCACGAAGAGUCGGACACGACUAAAUGACUAAACAACAACAACAAUAAUGAUAGGGCCACUCAGUGUGCCCUGUUCUAUUUCUUGGAUGCUUACUUUUUAUUAAAUAAAACCAUUCCUUUGAAGUCUUCCACGGCAAAUUUAACUUAUGAGUGAUAAAGCAUAUGGAAUUCAAGUAGGCAUGAAAAGGAAAAAAAAUCUGUUAACACAUCUAAUUUUGUCCCUGAGCACAUUGCAGAUGAAAAACUAAAUAUUCAUUUCCUCUUCCAGCAUGGGAUUUUUCUUUACUUUUCCAAGGUAAUGAAGAACACCAAUUGCUAAUCAAGUAUGCCGGCGAGGGUCUGGAUGAAGAUCUAGCUCCAGACACGUACGAUACAAUACUAUGGAUGAUACGCCUUUCUGUAGUGAAACUGCAAUUCACAACGCUUUAGAAAUCCCCUCAUUGAGUCACUUGUGACUUCUGUUUGCAAAGAGUUAAAUGUAUGGGUUUUUUGGUUUUUUUCAACUGAAUCCCCCUAGUGGUGCAAACCUCCAGGCAGUGUGGAAUGAUAUCACUCUUGUCAUCAAGCUGGAAUGCAUCAUAGGGCAGAGCCGUCCAAUCAGGGCUCUGUGUGAGGGUUUAUAUAGAGUUAUGUUUCCUCUGCAGAACAGUCAAAGUGAGCACACUGAGAGGCUAAGCCUUCCGCUAUAGCAAUAUCAUCACAGAGCACAGCACAGUUUUGCCACUGUUGUUCCAUCUGGUAAGUCCAACACCUUUAAAUCUUAGUUAUAUGAAAUAUAAUUAUAUUAACUAUUGCCCACACACAAGUUUUAAAGAGCCCCGAUGAAUGAUGGCUGCAACUUUUUAAUGCCGAAGACUUUAUUCUCUUUUCAGUCAUCUCAAAGCCAUUGUUGUGGUGCUCCCUUUUAAAGCAAUAAACACCUCUUUGCAAGAGGCUUGAUUGUACAUGCAAAAGAGUCUUGCAAGGUCUGGAAUAUGUUUUUCCAAACAAGAUUGGCAAUUUAAAAAGAAUAGACUGCUGUGAUUAUACUUAACGCGAAUAUGUUUUUGUUAUGUUUGUCUGCUUGUGUUUUAAUACCACUUAUUGAAUCUUUUCCUGCUGUAAUAUGGUCUGUUUUGGUUUUGAACCUGCAUUAGAUCUUAGGAAACAAUAUCUGAUUGCAAAGAAACUGUGAACGUUUGGGGCUAAAGGCUAAACACAAUUUCAGUGUGUUCUGACAUGUCAGUUUCCAUCCAGGCAGUUUUGUCAUUGCUUGUAGCUUUGUGUUGCUUUGGAUUUACAUUCAUAUAAUUACGCCGAGUGCUUUUAGAAAGAAUGGGGUAGACUUCUAUCUGCCAAUUUUAGAAUUUUUAGCUGCGGAUGAAAGACACACAAGCGAUUUUUUUCAGCGUCUCUCCUCUUGCUGUUCCCUUGUGACCGUCCGGCAUGAUCUGGUUAAGGGAGUCAAAUGCAUCUAUCUUGCACUUUGAGGCGAUUGGAUCUGCCUUUUAGAUUUCAUUGGGAUUGUGCAGCUUUUUCAAUUUGCACUUAGAACUUCGGUCCUGCAGAACAUUUGGGCAGAGGCUGAGCAGGCGCGAAGGCAGCUCCCUGAUGCUCCGAUGUGAUUCCAUGUGCCCUGCUAUUGCCAACCCGCACCUUGAGCCCUCUGCAGUGCAGGCAGGCUCAGGCACUGGGCUGAUGCCUCUGGGAAACAGAGCAUGCAGCAUUCUUGCUCAGCAAGCCAGUGCUCUUUGAACAGGAGCCAGCAAAUAAGCAUGGCAGACGUGGCCGUAGUAAAAGUAAUGGGCAAGCUGCCAUUGACAAAGCCAGUAGUCAAACUUCUCAUUCACAUAUAAGGUGUGGAAAUACCUGCCCUGUAUCUAUGAUAGAGGGCUUGAUGGACAGGAGAAGGCAACAUCGAUACCCUACAACAUUUAUCUGGUGAAAAUAGGGACGUCCUAUUCCAUCAUAAUAAUAAUAGUAAUAAUAAUAAUAAUAAUAUUUAUACCCCGCCCAUCUGACCGGGUUCUCCCAGCCACUCUGGGCAGCUUUCAACAUAUAAAACCCCCGCAAUAAAACAUUUAAAAACUUCCCUACACAGGGCUGCCUUCAGAUGUCUUCUAAAGGCUGUAUUGUUACUUAUCUCCUUGGCUCGGGGGCCACACAACUCCAUACCCUCCAACAUUUCUCCAGUGAAAAUAGGGACGUCCUAAAGGAAAAGCGGGGCAUUCCAGGAUCAAAUCAGAAACAAGGGUGGCUUCUGUAAAUCCAGGACUGUCCCUGGAAAAUAGGGUCACCUGAAUAGUCUGCUACAUCAGAAGAGGGAGAGGGCAACAUCUUGAUGCCUAAGAGGGACCGGGUGGUUAAUAUCUGCCCAAUGAGUACUUCCUAGGCAGGAUUCAGUCUCAGCAAUAUUUAUCAAGCAGGUUUGAAUUUGCACAUAAUACAACCAAUUUGCCUAUACCAGUGAGCAAUGGUUGGGAUCUUUGUUUUCGUUUUAAUUUGAGCAGGUGGUAGCCGUGGUUUGCUUGGUUUCAGCGCAGCUGUGCCCUGCCUUGGCUAAGGUCUGGAAAGGCGCCACUUACUGGUAGUAAGAAAGGUGUCUCUGAGGAGAUGGUCCUGUCGGGAUUCCAGCCCUCAAUAGCUUGGGCUGGUGUGAGUCACAUGCCAGCGCAGGGUGUUCACCUUGUAGACAUGCUGGUCAGGGAUCGCUCCAAUCAGAGAGUCAAGUCUGCGUGGGUGUCAGUGGCCAAGUGAGCGAAAGUCAGCCAGGGAAAGCAGAGGGGGAAAGUGACAACCUGUGCAAUGAUCAGCGUUUCGAUCACUAGGAAAGCUGAAGGCUGCUUGGAGCUUGAGAACGUAUAGCAGAAGCAGGACAGACCAAGCAGAUAGGCAGUCCUGAUGCAGGAGCUUGUCAGCAUAACAGGACACCCCUAUGCAAGUUGCUGAAUCCCUUGAAAUUUCUGUUCUCCUCAUGCAACUGUUUUACAGCCCAGUAAAGGUAAAGGUAAAGGGACCCCUGACCAUUAGGUCCAGUCGUGGCCGACUCUGGGGUUGCGGCGCUCAUCUCGCUUUAUUGGCCGAGGGAGCCGGCGUACAUCUUCCGGGUCGUGUGGCCAGCAUGACUAAGCCGCUUCUGGCGAACCAGAGCAGUGCACGGAAAUGCCAUUUACCUUCCCGCCGGAGUGGUACCUAUUUAUCUACUUGCACUUUGAUGUGCUUUCAAACUGCUAGGUUGGCAGGAGCUGGGACUGAGCAACGGGAGCUCACCCCGUUGCGGGGAUUCGAACCGCUGACCUUCUGAUCGGCAAGUCCUAGGCUCUGUGGUUUAACCCACAGCACCACCCGCGUCCCUUUACAGCCCAGUACUGUACUGUAAAUCAUGAGAUUCAGCAAGGGUUGCUCCUAAGUGAGUGUGCAUAGAAUUGCGGCCAUGCAGCCCGAUCCUACGCUUUCUUACUCAGAAGUAAGUCCCACAUUUGUCCAAUGGGAUUUUAUUUCACUGCACUUUUGCUUUCCUGUUUUUAACUUCGUGAAAAUUACAAACUGGAGGUGAACGAGUUAAAACUGAUAUUUUAAGUCUCCAUCAUCAGCCUUUUGCACAGCUUACCCCUUAAUCCUCGGUUUCAACAGAAGGGCUGCCUGAAUCAAGCAGGUGGUGGUUUGUCACCAAAUUUGGCAAUAGAUGCGCCCGUUUAUUUCCAAAUUCCUUCCUGAAACAUUGCGCUUUGUCCCUACAUGCAGAGAUGAAAUAACCUCAGGCUUUUUUGAGAAUGAGUUCAUCCCUUCGUGAAGUUAAGGCGCCAGCUUUUAAUGGAGCAAUCUCCUGCUAUGUGCGCGCACACUUUCUGUAAGAGAGAGGAGAAUCUCUGCCAGAUUGAUUUAAAGCUCAAUAAUUAUAGUCUACCACUUAUACUUUGAAAUCAAAUUAACAAAUUGCUAAUUACCGACAGCCUGCUAAAUGAUUGCCAUGAUUGGUAAAAGGGAUCACUGAGGUGUUUCUUCAUUCACAGCACAAUCAUAUGUUGGUCUGUUUGGAAGAAAGUCUCACCAAGUUAUUAUUAUUUAUUAAAUUUAUAUACCACCCUUCGGCUGGGGAUUCCAGGGCCACUUACAGUAUAAAGCCACAAAACACAUAACAUGCUAACAAACUAAACAAUACUCCCACCAUAGGAUUUACUUCCAGGCAAGUGUGAUUGCAAUAUGACCAGUGCUUUCCCUGAGACUGACACAGACCCUCGCAGUGUAAUAAUCCAAAAUGCCACUUAGGUAGGAGUAUGUUUCACAGAAAUCAAUGGGGCAUUUUCAUAUCACAUAUUUGGAACAGGGGGUAUUGCAUUAGUUCGGCUCUUCUCUAAUCAUUCGGACAAAAACGGAGCUCAAGAGAACACUAUUUCCUCAAAAUACAAAAACUGAGGGAGGAAUCCAGGUAUAAAGAGCAGGAUUUUGUCUUGUGGAAAGGGGGAGAAAUUGCACCAGGAAUUGCCUGUUAUGCUUAUUUCUUGUGAUUAGACAAUAGGCUGGUGACAGACGAUCAAAGGCAACUUGAUACUGAUAAUGUUGCUCUCGGUGUACACACAUUUCCAUUAUAAUUUCUGGCCGAGCAGGUUUUCAGAACACUACAGAAAUCUGUGAAACCAGUGGUGCAUCGUGGGAUGACAGGCAACAAUGCUUUCAACUUUCCGGGAAAAACUCGCAUCUGCCUCCAGAGCUAGGACCAGGGCUGGGGCCACUGUGGUGGAUCAGAAGAGCCUUGUGUGUUGAUCACCCUGUUUGCUACCAGGUGUUGGAGAGAAGGAAGCAGGAAGGAUUAAGGAGGACCAGACAGGUGGGACCUGAAGACACCAUGCUGCUGAUGGUUCUCCCUUGAUAGACACCCUCAGCUUCAACCUGAGUUUGGGACAGGGAGAGAGAAAGGCAGCUUAACACAUCCCCUCACCAAUGAAAGGCUAUUCAAGUUGGAAAGAAUGGGGGAAGAACCAGUUUGGUCCCAUCUUUGUUCCACAUUACAAACCUGAGCUUAUUCCUUUGCUUGCAGAAACCUGUGUAA